AUGGUUCGGAAAGGUGAGUGCAUUGGGCAAUUUAUUCAGCGCACGUCUGGCUUAUAGAACUGAUAUAGAUAAGCUUGAUGCAUAUGAAUAUUUGCAUUUUGUCAGGUUGUCAGUGUAUGAAAGGCUUUUUAGUUGAGUAAGCACCAGCUUCUUACCAAUUAACUGAUUAACUGACUGCCUGUGAAUAAUUUUGCAUAUUAUCUUAAUCUCAGUACAGGCACCAGUUUUUAGGCCUUUGAAGGAAGCGAAAAUGUAACAUGGAACCAAGAAAAGCUAUGUUGUCUCCUUUCCCUUUUUCAUAUAGGGAAAGGCCAUCGUUAUUUCCUGUUACACUUUUCCAGUGCAUUGGAAUACCCUCAAGUUAUAAAUGUGCUGUUUAUUUGCAGGCCAGACAAUGAAAACUCAAGCUUGAUUAAAUUGCUUAAACCAGUCAACAGGUUGCACUCCAGAUGGUUUUUUUGGAGUCCAACUUCCAUGAUCUCAGAACGCAGGCUAUACAAGCUGAGGGUGAACCAGAAUUGUAGCCCAACAGCAACAUUUGAAGGUCACUACAUGGGCAAGCCCUGAAUCAAAACACACACACCUGCCAUUUUGUAUAUGCAUUCUGCUGUGCAGAGGUGCCUAUGUGGAGUUCAAAGGUUACACUGUUUAUUACAGCAUAAUAAACAGUUAACAGCACAAUCCUAUGCAAGGUCCCAUUUUGUAUAAUAGGACAUAUUCCCAGAUGAGUGCAUGCAGUCUUCAAAUGUUUAUUAACUAAGCCUUUUGACUUGAAAGAAGGGGGGAAAGCACCUCACACAACAGUAAGCAGGGUCAGAAGGUAUCCUGUAAAGAUGUAAAUGUUCUUUGGGCACCAUGAUAAUCAUUAUUCAGUAUACAAAGCAGCCACAGACAGCCAUGUAGGAGAAGUCUAUCAAUAAUCCUGAUGGCUGUUAAGUCUAACAACAUUGCAUAGGAUAGGGACCUUGUGGGUCUCCAAAUGUUGUUGGAUGCUGACUCUAAUCAGCCUGAGCCAAUGUGACCAGUACCCAGGGAUGAUCCCUGCAUUGCAGGGGGUUGGACUAGAUGACCCUCGGUGUCCCUUCCAACUCUAUGAUUCUGUGAUGGGUCUUGUUGUUCAGCAGCAUCUGGAGGCACACAUGGGGUCCUUCUCCCUAGUGUAGGGUUAGGUGUGAUGGCAGGUGUUCAAACCUUUUAAGCAAGGGAUUCACUGGCAAUUAUUCAGGAUUAGCAGCACUGUGUUUAUCUGAGGGGCAAAGAAAACUAAUUCAGAAUAAACUGAAGUCUGAGGUGAUAAUAAUAAUAAUAAUUUAUUAUUUAUACCCCGCCCAUCUGGCUGGGCUUCCCCAGCCACUCUGGGCGGCUUCCAACAAAAUAUUAAAAUACAGUAAAGCAUCAAACAUUAAAAGCUUCCCUAAACAGGGCUGCCUUCAGAUGUCUUCUAAAAGUCUGGUAGUUGUUGUUUUCCUUGACAUCUGGUGGGAGGGCGUUCCACAGGGCGGGUGCCACUACUGAGAAGGCCCUCUGCCUGGUUCCCUGUAACUUGGCUUCUCACAGUGAGGGAACUGCCAGAAGGCCCUCUGCGCUGGACCUCAGUGUCUGGGCAGAAUGAUGGGGGUGGAGACGCUCGUUCAGGUAUCCUGGGCCGAGGCCGUUUAGGGCUUUAAAGGUCAUCACCAACACUUUGAAUUGUGCUCGGAAACGUACUGGGAACCAAUGUAGGUCUUUCAAGACAGGUGUUAUGUGGUCUCGGUGGCCGCUCCCAGUCACCAGUCUAGCUGCCAUAUUCUGGAUUAGUUGUAGUUUCUGGGUCACCUUCAAAGGUAGCCCCACAUAGAGCGCAUUGCAGUAGUCCAUCUCAUUCCUUCUGCCCUCAUGCCUCAGUGUCUUCCAAGUAUCAACCAGAAGUGGUUCACUGGGUGGGGCAGAAGCAUGUUCCCUGAAGGGGGUGUCGUUGUUGCAUACCAGGAGGAAGGGGGGCAAUGCGGUGGGGCAGUCAGCUCAGUGUAAGGGCUUCUAUCAAAGUCUUCUUUACAGUGGUAAGGGACACGGGUGGCACUGUGGAUUAAACCACAGAGCCCAAGGGCUUGCCAAUCAGAAGGUUGGCGGUUUGAAUCCCCACGACAGGGUGAGCUCCCGUUCUCGGUCCCCGCUCCUGCCAACCUAGCAGUUCGAAAGCACAUCAGAGUGCAAGUAGAUAAAUAGGUACCACUCCGGCGGGAAGGUAAACGGCGUUUCCAUGUGCUGCUCUGGUUUGCCAGAAGUGGCUCAGUCAUGCUGGCCACAUGAGUCGGAAGCUGUACACCAGCUCCCUCGGCCAAUAAAGCGAGAAGAGCGCCGCAACCCCAGAGUCAUCCGCGACUGGACCUAAUGGUCAGGGUACCUUUACCUUUACAGUGGUAAAUCAAAGUGUUUCUUGCUUUCUCCCCUUUUGGUGGCAUAUUCCACUGGCAGUUUAUUAGGUUUAUGGAACACUGUUCAAAGCUGUAAGACAGAUAGAAGUGGUUGUAAACAUGGGCCUUUUGGAGCAUUCUUCCUUUAGCCCCUGGCAAAGUUCAGCACAGAGAUGCACAGCUUGCUUCUGUGGAUGUUGCCUCCAUUUGUACAAGUGGGGGAGAACAUUUAAAGAAAAGGGAAGCAGAAUGACUAGAGAGAUAAUGGACGUAUUACACCAAACUUGACAUUUGUAGUUGUGACCUGCACUUUCAUUCCAUUAACUUACAGAGGUGAGCUUGAAAGCCUGUUAAAUACAUCUUUCUCGGGCAGAGCUGCUGUUCGGUUGGGUAAAACUCCCAACGAUGUUUGACACGUUACAAACAAUGCCUCUGGAGUAUAAUUAAUAAUAAUUAUAUAAUGACUGAAAUGCUAGACCUGUGUUCCUGUUGUGUCAUCUCCUUUUUCUUUCAGGAGAACAGACUUGAAAUGUCUGUCAAAAUAUUCUCAGUCAAAAUUGCUUGCUUGCUUGAAGGCAGUAAGAUGACAGAGAUUUCAUUUCGGUGUCCUUUAUUUGACCCCGUUCCAUGUGUGUGCUGUGACUUUGGAGGGGGGGGGCAAGAUUUUAAGAAAUACUGCUUGAAACCUCUCCUACACUGACCUGUGCCAACUAUGGGUGAAAGGGUGAAAUGCAACCAUUUUGCAAGUUAGGAAAUUAGACUACAACCUCUCAGAUCGCUAACUACGACCUCAUUUAAAACUGUUGUCUUACCUUCCUUGCUUUAGAUUUCUCUCUCUUUUUUUCUUUUUUUAAAAAAAGCCAGGAGUCUUCGCACUCCAAAGCAAGAGCUUGAAUUUUCUUUCUAAAUAUACAAAACACUUCCAGUUCAGUGAGUCAUUUGGUCAUAGGGAAAUGAGGUGCUAAUUACCAAAACGAUAGAAAUAGAUGGUUUUUUAAAAAAAAAAAUAACAAAAAACAAAAAACACUACAGUAGUUAAGAAGAAAGCAUUCCAUCUGCUAAAUCUAUGCAUUUUUACAAGUUAAUGAAGCAGAACGAGUUUUUGCAUAGAAAGAUUCAGACAUAUGUGGUAGUGAUUGCUAUGCUUCAGCUCUGGGGCAUGACGAGAUAUUUCUAGUGGACGAACAUUGCAAUGGCCCUGCAAUAUUCUACUGCUUGAGCCAGUAAACUUGAUAUAACCUUGCUCAGAGCUCUGGCACUCUUUAAUAGCUCCCUCGUGUAUAGCUUAUGAAAUUUCGUUGUUUCAUUAACUGCCAGAGAUGAUCAUUUCGUCUCUUAGUGUGAAUUCUUUUCAUUAUCGGCAUAAUCUAAGUCUGGCUUCUACUUUAAAAUGAAAAGCACAGAUUGCAGGUUGGGGGAGGAAUCAGCCAGAUGUCCGGGAUCAGGUGUUCUUCAGACAUGUCAGUGGGAUGCUUAUCAGUGAUUGGGGGAGCAUUUAAGUGAUCCAAUCAUGUGAGUGGGUGGAGAUAAGGAAUAAGGAUGUGGGUGGUAUAUAUUGAAUUUAGUUUGUAUUUAAAGACACACCUAACUGAUCUGCAUUUUCUGAAACAACGUACCAGCUGAAAUGCAGCCGUUGUUCAUAAUAUGCCCUUCUCUGAAUUUUUCAACACAGUUCAAGUAAUUUGUACAAAAAUGUAUAUGUUGAGGUAAAGUGGUGCAUUAAAAAUGCACACAUUAGUGAAAAUGACAUAGAAGACGCGCAUUAUGCUAGGGAAAAUUGCUUUGCAAAAGUGUGUGCAAACAUGCAUACAUGUAUAAAUGCUACUGAAUUUUCACGACGGCUUCCUCUUAAAAGUAAAUACAUUGCAAACUGAUGCGGUCAUGGGAAGAAUUGAACUUAAUAAUGGAAAAAUGAGUAAAAACAACAGUCAUCUAUUCCUCCUCAGGAGUAAAAGGUAAAGGGACCCCCCUGACCAUUAGGUCCAGUCGCGGCGACUGUGGGGUUGCGGCGCUCAUCUUGCUUUACUGGCCGAGGGAGGCAGCGUACAGCUUCCAGGUCAUGUGGCCAGCAUGACUAAGCCGCUUUUGGCGAACCAGAGCAGCACACAGAAACACCGUUUACCUUCCCGUCGGAGUGGUACCUAUUUAUCUACUUGCACUCUGAUGUGCUUUCGAACUGCUAGGUUCAGGAGUAGCACCAAGAAAAAAGGCAGCAGCCCUAAAUAAAUUUCAUUUAUUCUAUCACUGAGCAAUUUUUCAAAUUAUUAUUUUGGAGGAGGCAGUAUUUCAUAACUGUUCAAAAUCCUUAUUGCUACAUUCUGGUUUUUGCAACUGCAUUUCUCCUCAUUGCUCACCUUUCUGCCUGGGCCAUGUUUUUCCAGGUGUUUGCUGCUGCUGUGCUGCUUUGCGCCCUCGCUACAAACGCCUGGUGGAUAACAUCUUCCCUGAAGACCCAAAAGUAAGUGAAGGAAACGUCAAGCUACAUGGCUCGAUUUGUUCCUGUGCUCAGGACCUGCUUGUUGGUGUCCAGACAAGUGUCUGGUUGGCUACCGCGAGAACAGGAUGCUGGACUAGAUGGGCCUGAUCCAGCAGACUCUUCUUAUGCUCUUAUGUGAUCAUGCCUUGCAUGUGAAAGGUUCCAAGUUCAGUUCUGGGGAAUUUCAGGCUGUUGGCAUCCAUCUGUCUCAAGAGACCAUGGAGCGCACCUCCAGGGAUAAAGUCAAACCACUGGGGAGUCACAGCGCCUGCUGUGGCAGCAGAAACCGGUAACUCGUAACUGCCGCCUCCCACAUUAUUUUUGCUGUGUUAGGAGUACCAAAGUGACUUCUCCAGGGCUGUAUGGAGGUCUUGUGUUGAUCAGAUGACAAGACCCCUGUAGGAAUAACGAGGAUGACAGGAGAAGAAGAAGAAGAGGAGGAGGAGUUUGGAUUUGAUAUCCCGCUUUAUCACUACCCGAAGGAGUCUCAAAGCGGCUAACACUCUCCUUUCCCUUCCUCCCCCACAACAAACACUCUGUGAGGUGAGUGGGGCUGAGAGACUUCAGAGAAGUGUGACUAGCCGAAGGUCACCCAGCAGCUGCAUGUGGAGGAGCGGGGAAGCGAACCCAGUUCCCCAGAUUACAAGUCUACCGCUCUUAACCACUACACCACACUGGCUGGAUGCAAGUGAGCUCUGCAGAAGCAAGCUAGUAAGCAAGCUCCAAAACAAGCUGCCGGCUAGCUCUGCAGAGUCUCCUUUUAUUAGCAGAAGUCAACAAUUGGAAACAGUAAUGAAACCACUCUGAACAUGACGUAUUUCCAUCUAAGCACAUUUCCAGCAUUAGCAGAUACACGUGUUAGGAGGUGUUUCCCUAAAAUGUUCCCCGAUACUUGAUUACGUCUGCAUCCUUGGGCAUGCUCCAGCCAAGCGUUAUGUCUAGUAACCAAAUCUGUGAGAUGACAAAUGGUCAGGGGAAAAACUCUGUCUUCUAGCCGAGAAGGCAAAAGGUCAGGGAGCGUGGGCGCAAUGGUCCUUGGCACACUGUUGCAUGCCUGGUGCGAGGUUUGCCUCAGCACAAGCGGAGCGUCACCUCCACACACACACACACACCCCUCGGCCUUGUUGACGUGGCCCAAAGGAAAGCAGAGCAACACAUUUGGCUGUAGGAGUUACCAGAAGGAAGCAUACCAGACUCCAUCCAACCCUCUCAGGGACUCCACACCAGAUCUGUGUAGGGUUUGCUCCUUCGUCUUUUCUUCUCCCAAAGAUGCCCCAUCAGAGGACCAGAGUUUUCCUUCUCCUAGAUGGGCCACCUUCCCAGGUUGACCAGUCCCAUCUGCCCUUCACUUCCCUCUACAGCACAUGUAGAAACCACCUCCUUGACCAUAUGGCCCACCUUUGGUCUUCUCAGUCCACCGGAGCCUGUCUUCGCAUGCAGGGGAAAUCCCUAACUCGCUGAGGGUUUGAAACCCAUCGGCUACCCUCACCAGGGCACCCUCCAGGAUUUCAAACAUGUUGCCUCUCCCAGUCCUACCUGGAGAUAUCGGGGAAUGAACCAGGGACCUUCUGCAUGCAAAAGGCAGAUGCUCUACCACUGAGCUGUGGGAACCAGUUCCAAAUAAGAUGCAGCCAUUCAAGUGUCCAACGCUUCAAGCUAUUACCACUCUGAAUUUAAAUAUUUCCUCCAGCUAAUGCAUCAGCAACAUUCCAGUACAUUUAGGUUUAGUCCUGUGGGAUAUUGUAAUUCUAAUUAUUUUUUUCCUUGUCUUGCUAAUAACUCAUUCAUUUUUUUAAAUUAAGUGGAGUGUGCUGAUAAUUUGCAUACCUUGCCUCUCCACAAUUUAAUUUUGCCCUGUGGGAAUAAUUUCAAGAUUAUUGUUUUUAUUUUUUUUAAAUAAGUACUUUGACUUGAAUUCUUAAUUCUCUGUGAAAGAAUUUGAAAUGCUCUGCCAAACAUAAUUUGCAAAAAGAAAAGAAGCACUAUCCUUUCUGAAGUAUUUCUUUAUAUCCAAGUAGCUCAAGAUGGUGCUCUCUUGUCCUUCCCAUCCCCAGCUUUUCCACACAAUAACCCUGUGAGGGUAGCAUAAGUGGAAAGGUGGUAACUGGUCCAAGAUCAGCUAGUGGGGUUGAGAUGUGCAAUCUGAAACUGGCUCUACUCAGUCCUGACGCUCUGGCCAUGUUGCCACAACUGGUCCUCUAGUAGAUGUUUGGUAGAGGGGUGAGAGCCAGAAUUUAGCAGUCUACAAUCCUGCUUCUCUCCUCUUCCUAUAAUGUUCUAGAAAACAGGCAUUCAGUGGCCAGUGUCUACACCAGUGGUUCCCAAACUUGGGUCUUCACCUUUUUUUGGACUACAACUCCCAUCAUCCCUAGCUAGCAGAACCAGUGGUCAGGGAUGAUGGGAAUUGUAGUCUAAAAACAGCCAGAAACCCAAGUUUUGGAAACACUGGUCUACAUUAUUGACUCAUUUAUUUUAUGAUAUUCAUAUCCUUACUUUCUUCCAUCAUGCGACCUAAGAUGGCAUGUACAGUCAUAACUUGGAUCCCAAAUGCCUUGUGAGUUGAACAUUUUGGCGCCAUAAACCCGGAAGUGAGUGUUCCUGUUUGCAAACCUUCUUUGGAACCCAAAUGUCCUGCAGCCAAUCGGAAGCCGCGCCUUGGUUUUCAAACAUUUUGGAAGUCAAACAGACUUCUGGAACGGAUCCCGUUCAACUUCCGAGCUACCACUGUACAUAGUUCUCAGAUGGUCACCCAUCCAAACACUCACCAGACCUGAACCUGCUUAGCUUCAACAAGGUGGUGGCCUCAUAUGCCAUUCCCCAGGAUGCUAUCUUCGCCACAUCAAUAUCUGGCCAUAGUAUCCAAAGUGCAAAUCAUAAGUGAUUUCUGUUACCGAGGAAAAAAGAAAAACAUUGACUGGUGAUUCUUCUUAUGAUUAGGAUGGGCUUGUCAAAGCUGAUAUGGAGAAGCUGACUUUUUACGCUGUUUCUGCACCUGAGAAGCUCGAUCGAAUUGGUGCUUACUUAGCAGAGCGACUGAGCCGGGAUGUUGUCAGACACCGUUACGGGUAAGCUUCUUACUCGUUAAUGCUGAUGUUAUCUUCCCACCAGUGAUUCUUUCAAUUUCCCCCUAUAAUCUGGGCUAGAACCAUGGAUGUUAGAUAGUGGAGAUGGUAUCUGUGACUCAGGUUGAGCAGCAGUUAAAACCAGUGGGAACUUUUUGCAGGAACUAACCUGAUACGCGGGUGGCACUGUGGGUUAAACCACAGAGCCUAGGACUUGCCGAUCAGAAGGUUGGCGGUUCGAAUCCCCGUGACAGGGUGAGCUCCCAUUGUUCGGUCCCUGCUCCUGCCAACCUAGCAGUUCGAAAGCACGUCAAAGUGCAAGUAGAUAAAUAGGUAGCUCUCCGGCAGGAAGGUAAACAGUGUUUCUGUGCACUGCUCUGGUUUGCCAGAAGUGGCUUAGUCAUGCUGGCCACAUGACCCGGAAGCUGCACACUGGCUCCCUCAGACAAUAAAGCAAGAUGAGCGCCGCAACCCCAGAGUCGGUCAAGACUGGACCUAAUGGUCAGGGGCCCCUUUACCUUUACCUUUAACCUGAUAUCAGAAGCCUGUCCUCGGAGGAACAGAAGCUUUGUAGGGCUAGAAGUUUUCAUUUUCCUUUGUCUUAGGCCAAACUUACACACUGGGUGUCCAGCUGUCGUUUCAGCAUGGCAAUAUUCACUACGAUCCACUUGACACAGCGAUCACGCAUCUAAGAAUCUGAACUGGGCAGCCUUCAAAGCGUGGUUGCAGUCAGGGAGAAAAUGAGAUGGUUUCAUUUCACAUUAGGCCCUGCUUGAAAUUAGCCUGUGGUCCAUUCACCAUCUUUAUAACUGUUCAGCAAUGUGCUCCCGAGCUUGAAUGAUUGCAUUCACACUUAGAUGUAAUUGCGAGCCAUUAUCAGUUGUUACUGUGAAAAGGACAGUGUUUUCUGUAAGUGACCUCAAGAACAUAUUACUCCUGAAGUGAGGUGAAGUUGAGUUAGGUGCCAUCCCACCUCUUUUGCGAUAGGUCUGGACCCGUCCCGCUUCUUAUGAGCCUGAUUCCGUCUUCUAGCCUUGGCCAGGAUAAAGCUAUUUGUGGAGCUGAGAGUGGCAGAGGGUUCCGCUUUCUUCCAAGGCCAAAGCCCAACAGAGGCUUUGCCAGCCUCUCCUUGCUCCACAAACAGCUCUGGUCCAGGUCAAAGGAUUUUUCAAAAUGUGGGUGCAACCCUACACAGCGUAGUAUCCUGCGUACACCCAUUGAAAAGAAUUGGGGUGGUUUUAAGUCCACCUAAAAAGAAGGCUGGCGCUGUGGGUUAAAAACCACAGAGCCUAGGACUUGCCAAUCAGAAGGUUGGCAGUUCGAAUCCCCAUGAUGGGGUGAGCUCCCGUUGCUCGGUCCCUGCUGCUGCCAACCUAGCAGUUCGAAAGCACUGCAAGUGCAAGUAGAUAAAUAGGUACCGCUCCGGUGGGGAGGUAAACGGCGUUUCCGUGCGCUGCUCUGGUUCGCCAGAAGCAGCUUAGUCAUGCUGGCCACAUGACCCGGAAGCUGUACGCCGGCUCCCUAGGCCAAUAAAGCGAGAUGAGCGCUGCAACCCCAAGUCGGCCAUGACUGGACCUAAUGGUCAGGGGUCCCCUUUACCCCCUAUAUACCUUAAAGUUACAAAGUUAUUCUGAUGAACAGGUUAAAUAGAAACUGUUACAGGAGAGUAAGAGCCAAAGGCAGCAUGGCUCCCAGCAGAGCCAACGGAUUGGGCCUGGUGGAUUGGAUUGGAAGGCUGGCUUUGUUGAAAGACCCAGCCUCUCUUAGGAGGGGGCAAAAAGGUUUGAAAUACUGCUUUAUAAGCUAUUCCAAACCAGGUUGCCUCUUCCCUCCUGCCCUGGAGGAUACAGCAGUGCAUCUAGAACGAGGGUGCUAGGAAUGUAACUAAGCCUAGCGUGAAAGGAGGCCCCAUGGAACGUAGCAGGACUUCCUUUCAGAUAAAUAUGCAUAGGAACAGACAAAUAUAGCUUAUUUGUUUUCCUGAGUGCAUGCGCUGCCUGACACCUGUGGAUCUUUGCUUGCCUGUUCUCUCAGAUACGUUUUAAUUGCCAUGGAAGCCCUGGACCAGCUUCUGAUGGCCUGCCGCUCACAGAGCAUCAAACCGUUUGUCGAGAGCUUCCUUCAUAUGGUAGCUAAGCUGCUGGAGUCUGGAGAGCCAAAGCUGCAAGUUCUGGGGACCAAUUCAGUGAGUAAACCAAAGUUCAGCUGAGCAGGGACUGCAGGAGCAGCGUAAACACUUUCAGUUCCUCAUCUGAUGGCUGUAACGAAAGGGGGAAGCAUCCUUACAGUUUUGAUAUCCCUUAGCAGGCAGGCAGAGAUGACUAAGGAUGAUGGAGAACUCCAAUGGAGUUCACAUUUAGAGGUGAACUUACCUAAUUUCAAAACAGUGCACAAACUGAAACCCAGCCCUCUGAAAUUUGCACUUCUCUGAAUUUUGCAGCGCUUAAGUAAUGUGUGCAAAAAUACAUAUACACGGGUAAGGUAUGUUUCCGAGCACAAUUCACAAGUGCUGACUUUUAAAGGUGCUGACCUUUAAAGCCCUAAAUGGUCUCUGUCAAGUAUACCUGAAGGAGCAUCUCCACCCCCAUCGUUCUGCCUGGACUGAGCAGAACGGAGGUCUAGCGUCAAGGGCCUUCUGUCGCUUCCCUCACUGCGAGAAGCAAAGCUACAGGGAACCAGGCAGAGGGCCUUCUCGGUGGUGGUGCCCACCCUGUGGAACGUCCUCCCAUCUACCUGAAUUUUAGAAGACAUCUGAAGGCAGCCCUGUUCAGGGAAGUUUUUAAUGUGUGACAUUUUGAUGUAUUUUUAAUCUUCGUUGGAAGCUGCCCCGAGUGGCUGGGGAAACCCAGCCAGAUGGACGGGGUACAAAUAAUAAAUUAUUAUUAUAAAGUGUGCAUAUAAAUGAAUAUAUUGCUGAGGAUAACAUAAGUAUAUAUUAAGGGAAAUUGCGUUGUAUAUCAGGCAGAAUUUCUGUACAUUAGGAGAAUAUAAGACGAGCCCGUGGCCCAUCUGUUCCAGCAUCCUUGUUCUCACAGUGGCCACCCAGAUCCCUGUGGGAAAUUUGUGGAAGCAGAGCAUUGCCAUCAUGGCUCCAUGAAUUUGCCCAAUCAUCUUUUAAAGCCAUCUGAGUUGGUGGCUUUUCCUACGUCUUGUGGGAGGGUGUUCCACAGUUUAACUAUGAACAAAUAAUUUCUUUUAUCUGUCUUUAAUCCUCCAACAUUCAUCUUUAUUGGAUGGCUACAAGAUCUAGUGUUUUGAGAGAGGGAGAAGAACUUUUUUCUCUAAAAAUGCCAUACAUAAUUUUAUACAUCUCUGUCAUGUCACCUCUUGCUCUUGUUUUCUCUAAACUUUAAAAAGUCCUUAGCGCUGCAGCCUUAUCUUACAGGGGAGUUGCUCUAUCUCCUUAAUAAUUUUGGCUGCCUUUUUUCUGAGAAAUUAGCACUGAAAGGCUGGUGAAUUUCCGUGAGAACUGAACUUAAGGCUGAAAAAAAUGAGUACCUGAGAGAAGCCAAAUUUGCCAAUCCCUAUUUCAGGUGAACUUUUGUACAGUGAAUGAGCAAAAGGGAAGACAUGUCUGUCCCUCAAAUAUGUUGGAUAUAAUACGUGCAUUAAACACAUCAUAGUACCUCCCUAACUCUAGCAAAUGUUGAAAAUGGAUGUAUUUUGAGUUUCAUUCUUCUCAGGUGAUGUGAUGUAGUUCUAAAAUCUGUGCAAGCCUUCUCCAUAGCAACACAAAAGAUUCUACAGUCAUAAGGAGGAAAGAGCUAUUCUGAGAUAUCAUAAAUUAUUUUCAGUUCCUAACUUUUCAGGUGAAUCAGGUUUUAAAUUGGCCUCGUGCCUUGGCUACAGCAGAAGGUACAUUCAUUGGAAAUAAAGUAAACUUGAUAUUUCUAAGAAUGUGCGCAGAGAUACUUUGCUCCCUGAAAGUAGAACCUUGCCUGGAUAUUUAUGGAAAGGCUGAAUUUAACGUGGUGACUUUCAAAGCGAAGUUUUCACAUCUUAACUUCAAGAUUUUAGGGGGUUGGUAAAACAAAGUUCACACAGAUCUGUCUGCCCUGUGCCUGUAGCAAAGUUAAGAAAAACAAGUUUGGUAGCUGCCUCUGAUUAAGUGCACAUCCAAGUUGAUCUUGGUCUUUCAGUGUAACACCACAAGGGACGUACACUUUAAGCCAGGAAAGUUGGCAAUAGACUGUUAUCUCUUUCAAGUAUUACCUCUGACCAUAAACCAAUCUUGUAUUCUCUUUCUUCUGAUUUCCCUAGUUUGUUAAAUUCGCAAACAUUGAGGAAGAUACUCCUUCAUACCACAGGCGCUAUGACUUCUUUGUUUCCCAGUUCAGUGCCAUGUGUCAUUCUUACCACGAGGAUCCAGAAGUACAAAAUGAGUAAGUAACCAGAUAUGUGUACAGGGCCGGAUUUAGGUUUGAUGAGGCCCUAAGCUACUGAAGGUAAUGGGGCCCUUUAUAUGUCCAGCUGUCCUUUGUCAACAACAAAUUGUCACUUUUUGUAUGUGUUGAAUAUAUGCUAUAUGGUAAUUUAUGGACCUAAUAGGUAUCUAAAGCCAUUUGCCCAUGUUGCAUGCAACCAGUCCAUGCAGAAUGUAGGCACCCUAUAUAUAGAAAUGAGCAAACCAGUGAUAUUCUAGGGAGCAGGCUAGCAGGCGGGGCCCAUUACAUAUAUCAUAGGAGCCUACACAACACAAAACACUGUUGCUGUAUGUAGGUUUUAUGUUAUUUGUUUUUUAUCUUAUAUUUUGGAAAUGUACAUCCAGGUUUUUUUUCUUUUGCGUUUUUUUUGGGGGGCCCCCAAGAGAGUGGGCCCCUAAGCUAUAGCUUGUUUAGCUUAUACGUAUAUCUGGCACUGUGUGAGUAUUUGCUUCAAGUCCUCUUCCUUGGUCCAAUUAUGGCAUCCUGGCUUGUUCACUUCUGCCCACUCACAGGGAGGUCUAAAAUGAGCGUCUGUUUGCAGGAUUGUAAACAGCUUUGCAGCCCAAAGCUAAUAAAAUGGUGUUCAAUCAGAUACAACAGAUUACUGACUCGGUAAACUAAAAGCAAUAAAUUCGUUGCUGCGAUGGUACAAUUAAUAUUCCAUAAGUUGAUUGGGCUACAUACCAGGAAAAAAACCUUCUCAAAGAAGCUGCCUGAAUAUUAGGAUGCUAAAUUCCUGCCUAAUUUCAGCUGGUAACUAAUUCAAGAAGGCUGGAACUGCAACACAAAAAGGCCAAUUUGCUAGUAAUACUCAGCCGUCCUCUGGGAUACGCGAUGACUCUUGUCAAUGCCCCAUCUGAGGAGCAGAGUUUCUGGGCAGGGAAAUAUGGGACAAGGCAGUCCCUUAAAUUCUCAGAUAUUUUUCAUGGAAGCUCUAGACUUGCCAGAAGUAUGUUUCUUAAUUGAGAUUGUAUCCUUGUCAAAACAGCUGGCUGACUGUUGUACUCGCUUCUCCUUAGAGGAGAGGAGUCAGAAGCUAAAUUGCCUUGAAAAUUUCCGUGAACUGCUUUCAUUUGAAGCCUCUACUCGAGAUCAACUGAGGGCUUGUCAGAGGAGAAGGGGGGAGCCCAGGUUUUUCUGCUCCUUCCCCACAGGAAAUGAGUCACCAGCCUGCCCUGCAAUGUCCCUUGUUGUCAGUCUGAUUCACAUGACCUCAAUUCAUCCCUAAAUGUUUUUCACGUUGCAGUCAAAGUUGGCAUUGCCCUGACAGAGCAGAUGCUGUCCAAAAUGGCCGCCUGAUAGCCUGGUCCCCCCCACUUUUGCCUCUCUAGUUCAAUGUAUGUCAUGAUUAUUACUUUUUUGUGACACCAGAAAAUAUAUAUACCGUAUUUUUUGCUCUAUAAGACUCACUUUUUCCCUCCUAAAAAGUAAGGGAAAAUUUGUGUGAGUCUUAUGGAACGAAUGCAGGCUGCGCAGCUAUCCCAGAAGCCAGAACAGCAAGAGGCAUUGCUGCUUUCACUGCGCAGCGAUCCCUCUUGCUGUUCUGGCUUCUGAGAUUCAGAAUAUUUUUUUCCCCUUGUUUUCCUCCUCCAAAAACUAGGUGCGUCUUGUGGUCUGGUGCGUCUUAUAGAGCGAAAAAUACGGUAUAUUGUGAAGUUGUAGCUGUCUGUCCCUGUUCAAAAUGGUUGCCCCAUAGUCUGCAAUAACACUAUCCACUCUUCCGUAGCCUCCUCAGCAUUCUCACCAUUUAAUUCUGCAGUGUGCAUAUUCCAGACUGUCAAGAUUAUAUAGGAGGAGGGGGAAAUCUCAAACCUAUGUUUUGCUACCAUUGCACUCGCCUUAAAUGGGUCUUUAUCACCAAGCCGAGAAACCUUUUUACAGCCCCUCGCAAGUGUCCCUAUUUUCCAGGGACAGUCCUGGAUUUACAGAAGCUGUCCCGGUUUCUGAUUUGAUCCCAGAAUACCCCACUUCUCCUUGGGACGGAGGGUUGUUGGAAGGUAUAGAGUUAUACGACCCCAGAGCCAAGGAGAUAAGUAAUUAUGCAACCUUUAGAAGACAUGUGAAGGUAGCCCUGUAUAGGGAAGCUUUUUAAUCAUGCUUAGGGAAACUAAGGCCCGGGGGCCGGAUCCGGCCCAAUUGCCUUCUAAAUCUUGCCUGCGGACGGUCCAGGAAUCAGUGUGUUUUUACAUGAGUAGAAUGUGCCCUUUUAUUUAAAAUGUAUCUCUAGGUUAUUUGUGGGGCUUGCCUGGUAUUUUUACAUGAGUAGAAUGUGUGCUUUUAUUUAAAAUGCAUCUCUGGGUUAUUUGAGGGGCAUAGGAAUUCGUUCAUUUUUUCCCCUUCAAAAUAUAGUCUGGCCCCCCACAAGGUCUGAGGGACAGUGGACCGGCCCCCUGCUGAAAAAGUUUGCUAGCCCCUGUUUUAAAUGUUUAUUGUUUUGUUAUGUUUUUAUAUAAUGGAGGUUGCCCAGAGUGGCUGGGGCAACCCAAUCAGAUGGGCAGGGUAUGAUGAUGAUGAUGAUGAUGAUGGAAUAGGAUAUACCUAUUUUCAUUGGAGAAAUGUUAGAGGAUGUGUUUUUAUCACAAAUAGUUUGUUUCUUGAAGGAAGCAAUCUAUGUAAGCAUAUUGCAUUCGCCUCAGUCCUGUUUCCGAUCUCGCGUUCGAGAUGGCUGGAGCUGCAGCACAGAUUAUUCCAGAAAGUUCUGACAGAUUUUCAGGUGCUCCCCACCCUCCUGUCAGCUGCAGGGGCCUAGGCGUCCUCACUCAAUUCGUUUCUGAUUCAAAUUGUCUCCCGUGUCAGCCUUCCAUCUAAAACACUGUUUCUAUUCAUAAACAUUCAUCUUAUGGCAAUCUCUUUUCCUAAAAUAAACUGCUGUGGGUCAUGUGUCGGCGUUUUUAAUCUCCGGAGCUAGAAUUCUGAAUGUAGCUUUGCAAAGCAGACGUUGUUAAGGGUACAUGCAGUUAUAAAAUACCUCAAACAGCAGUGUACUGACUUACCGCUGAGGAAAUUCACAAAUGAAUAAAGUAAGAUGGAUUAUGUAUGUUUCAUCCUGCAGUUUGCUCACGUCCUUUUAACGAAUUGUACGCAAAUGAUUAUUGCAUCUCGAUUUUAAGAUCAUGUAUCACAUGAAACCUCAAACAAUCAAGAGUCUUAUGGCACCUUUAGAGAUCAAGGCUUGCAGCCAGCUAAGUCCUACACAGAGUAGAACCAUCAAUAUUAAAGGAAUUCUUCCUGUUCGUUAAUUUUAGUCUAUCUAGCCUGAGGCUACGGUGUUAACAAAUGAAUGGGACUCGAGUCUUUAAAAUGCCGCAAUAUUCUUUGAUGCUUUUGCUGCAGUGGCAAAUGAGCUCAGAUAGAAGGACUAUUUUGGAUUUAUUUGAAUGGAUGAUUUACCAUCCUAUUUAUUUUAUAUCUUAAACGUAUAUCUGUGAAAUGGAUCUUGCACAAAUGAACUAAGGCACAAAUGUUAGAAGAGAAAACUGAAAUAUUGUUUGUGUACCUGUACAAUGAAGUUGUUACUCUGGUCUUUAGCUCCCUCUAGUGAAAAUAUGGGUGGUUUUUUGUUUUGUUUUUUGCACAAAAGAAAGGUAAGAAUGAUCUUUCUGAGGCCUUGUUUACAGUACUUAAGUUCAGUAGCUCACAUGAAUUGCACUGAGGCAGGCCUAAAUGCCAAUGUUUGUUUCUUAUUAAAUUUAUAUCUCGCCACCCUUACUUCAAAUUCUGUCACGCUGAAAAAUGGCUUGGAGCAACAUGACCCAAACAAUCGCUUUCCCUUCAUAUGAAUACCCAAACUUUACGAUUCUCCUCAGAGGCCAUACUUCAAAUGUCCCUGAUUAGAGAACCUUUUCAGUGGUAGCUCCCUCACUGUUGGGCUAAUCUCAUCCAGCAGUUUUUUUCUCACCUUCCUAGGGGACCUUUUUAAGCUUUCUAAAUAAAUUGUGCUCUUUUUGCUGAUCAGAAGGUCAGCGGUUCGAAUCCCCACGAUGGAGUGAGCUCCCAUUGCUUGGUCCCUGCUCCUGCCAACCUAGCAGUUCGAAAGCACGUCAAAGUGCAAGUAGAUAAAUAGGUACCGCUCCGGCGGAAAGGUAAACAGCGUUUCCGUGCGCUGCUCUGGUUCACCAGAAGCGGCUUAGUCAUGCUGGCCACAUGACCUAGAAGCAGUACGCCGGCUCUCUCGGCCAGUAAAGUGAGAUGAGCGCCGCAACCCCAGAGUCGGCCACGACUGGACCUAAUGGUCAGGGGUCCCUUUACCUUUACCUUUAACCUCAUCUCUUAAUCUUAACCAUCACGACACUGCCCCUAAUAACCGCCAGCACUCAUGAAAACCACAAUGCAGAGAAUCAAAACCCUCCACCAGUCAGAAUAUACCAGCAGAGACUCAAAUAAUUAAUACCAGUAGAAUGCUUAAAUUACAUUAAAACGGUGUUAAAAUGGCAUUUUAAAGCCUGGGAGAAUAAAGGCCUCACACGAAUGUGGGCAUCUUUUUGAGGCAAGUAUUCCACAGCUAGAUGCUGGAGGUCAUUUUCCUUGUUGCAAAUUUUAUCAUGAGGAGGCACAUAGAGCAGGGCCUCUGUAAGUGAUUGUAGGGCUCAGGUAUGUAUUUAUGGGAAGAGACAAUCCUUUAGCUGUUGAGGCCCCAAUCUGUACAGGACUUUUUAGUUCAAAACCAAUACAGUGGUACCUUGGUUUACAAACUUAAUCCAUACCAGAAGUCCGUUCUUAACCAAAGCGUGCUUUCCCAUAGCAGUGGGGGACCCAAUUUAUAAUUGGAGCACACUCGACAGGAAGCGGAACAGUGUUCUGCUUCCAAGGCAAAGUUCACAAACCAAAACACCUACUUCCGGGUUUACAGCAUUCUUAAUCCAUGUUGUUCAUUAACCAAGCUGUUCUUAAACCAAGGUACCACUGUAAUUUGGAUUGGGCCCAGAAAUGUAUCAGGAGCCAAUGAAGGCUCCAAAGAGGCAGUGGAAUAUGUCCGUACCACAUAAUGUUCAUAUCACAUAAGCCAAAUGCUACCAAAAAAAGGAGAGGUGAGGUCUCUAUAACUAUCCUGGCAGAUCUUCCAGAGAGAGCCUAACACACUUCUCAGCCUAUAUAAGGUUUCAUUGGGCUCAAACUCAUUGCUGAGGAAACAUCUCAGGUGGCUUCCUCAGCAGGGCCAAGUGGAGUUGUCCAUGGUCCUGAACGCUUUCUGCCUGACAUGGACUUUGAUUUCUUUUUGUUUCCUCAGCAAACCUUAUACUCCCAUGGAACUUCCCCCAAUGGCUAUGACAACAUUGUCUCAUACUGAAUGUAAAAAAAUUGUGGGGGGAAAAGACUCUUAUGAAUUGAAAGGGGAGACGUUGUAUGUACUUUUCCUUGUUUAUUUGUUUGUUCUGCUUCCAAGGCAAAGUUCACAAACCAAUAUGUUUUGUAUUACGGGGAAAAAAAAUCUUUUAAUAAAAACUAAUUUAAAAAAGAAAUAAAGACCAGGACCUGGUAUAAGGUCACUUCCUGUGUUCCUACUAUACUAGUGUGAGGAAACUUGCAGAAGUUUAUAUUCAGGUUGCAGAUAAAGUAAAAACGAAUCCUAAUGUAAUGAAUCCAGUAGACCGAAAAGCCACUAAUAAAACACUUUUAAAAAGUGUUGGGAGUGUGCUCGUGGACUUGAAUGAAGCUGUGGAAGAGCAAAUCCUUAUAAUUAUUUUCAGUCGGCCAUAAAAUUGUCAAUGUGUAGCUUUCGUUGCUAACUCAGAAUGAUAGCUCUCGUUUGGAUCACGCAGCAUGUAUGAAAUAAGGCUUGAACAAAGUCAUUAUAAAUCCUCUUUUUCUUCCCUGAGUGGGAUUGCAACUGACAAGAAAGUUGCUCUUGGAGAAUUUCAAGUAGGCAGCUGAGCCCAACAAGCACCGUAUGUUCGCUUGCCUUUUAAAUUACAAUUUAAACUGACAUUAAAGGUCUUCACCGGCUGAUAAUUCCACCCCACCCCACAUGCGAGGUCCAAUUACACCGAACUUUCUCACCUGUGGUAGAUUUAUCUCCCUUUGCAGAAUCUCUUGACUCCGAAUUACCAAAGAACGGGCUUGUCACUUGCAAACAAGUUAUCAUAUUUCUUCAGGGGGAAAUAUGAUUUUUUUGCACACAUGACCUUUCCAGAUCAGGUGGUAUUUUGCGAAGUUUGUUCUCAGCAUUGGGCAUGGGACUGAUGCCCCUGCAGAGGUUGUUGGGACUCAUAGAAUCAUAGAAUCAUAGAAUUGGAAUAGACCACAAGGGCCAUCGAGUCCAACCCCCUGCCAAGCAGGAAACCCCCAUCAGAGCACUCCUGACAUAUGGUUGUCAAGCCUCUGCUUAAAGACCUCCAAAGAAGGAGACUCCACCACACUCCUUGGCAGCAAAUUCCACUGUCGAACAGCUCUUACUGUCAGGAAGUUCUUCCUAAUGUUUAGGUGGAAUCUUCUUUCUUGUAGUUUGGAUCCAUUGCUCCGUGUCCGCUUCUCUGGAGCAGCAGAAAACAACCUUUCUCUCUCCUCUAUAUGACAUCCUUUUAUAUAUUUGAACAUGGCUAUCAUAUCACCCCUUAACCUCCUCUUCUCCAGGCUAAACAUGCCCAGCUCCCUUAGCCGUUCCUCAUAAGGCAUUGUUUCCAGGCCUUUGACCAUUUUGGUUGCCCUCCUCUGGACACGUUCCAGUUUGUCAGUGUCCUUCUUGAACUGUGGUGCCCAGAACUGGACACAGUACUCCAGGUGAGGUCUGACCAGAGCAGAAUACAGUGGCACUAUUACUUCCCUUGAUCUAGAUGCUAUACUCCUAUUGAUGCAGCCCAGAAUUGCAUUAGCUUUUUUAGCUGCCGCGUCACACUGUUGGCUCAUGUCAAGUUUGUGGUCAACCAAGACUCCUAGAUCCUUUUCACAUGUACUGCUCUCAAGCCAGGUGUCACCCAUCUUGUAUUUGUGCCUCUCAUUUUUUUGCCCAAGUGCAAUACUUUACAUUUCUCCCUGUUAAAGUUCAUCUUGUUUGUUUUGGCCCAGUUCUCUAAUCUGUCAAGGUCGUUUUGAAGUGUGAUCCUGUCCUCUGGGGUGUUAGCCACCCCUCCCAGUUUUGUGUCAUCUGCAAAUUUGAUCAGGAUGCCCUUGAGUCCAUCAUCCAAGUCGUUGAUAAAGAUGUUGAAUAAGACCGGGCCCAAGACAGAACCCUGUGGCACCCCACUAGUCACUCUUCUCCAGGAUGAAGAGGAACCAUUGAUGAGCACCCUUUGGGUUCGGUCAGUCAGCCAGUUACAAAUCCACUGAGUGGUAGCAUAGUCAAGACCGCAUUUUACCAGCUUCUUUACAAGAAUAUCAUGGGGCACCUUGUCGAAUGCCUUGCUGAAAUCAAGGUAGGCUACAUCCACUGCGUUCCCUUCAUCUACCAGGCUUGUAAUUCUGUCAAAAAAUGAGAUCAGGUUAGUCUGACAUGACUUAUUUUUCAGAAAUCCGUGCUGACUAUUGGUGAUCACAGCAUUCCUUUCUAGGUGCUCACAGACUGUUUGCUUAAUGAUCUGCUCCAGAAUCUUCCCUGGUAUUGAUGUCAGACUGACUGGGCGACUCCCAUCACCUGUGACCAUUGGGCCACGCUGCCUGGGGUGGAUAGGAGUUGGAGUCCAUCAGCACCCAGAGGGUUCUCCAUCCCUGUCCCUAAUAGCACCUUACUUUAGUUUUGAGGGACGUGGGUGGCGCUGUGGGUUAAACCACAGAGCCUAGGGCUUGCCGAUCAGAAGGUCGGCAGUUCGAAUCCCCGCGACAGGGUGAGCUCCCGUUGCUCGGUCCCUUCUCCUGCCAACCUAGCAGUUCGAAAGCACGUCAAAGUGCAAGUAGAUAAAUAGGUACCGCUCCAGCGGGAAGGUAAACGGUGUUUCCGUGCGCUGCUCUGGUUCGCCAGAAGCGGCUUAGUCAUGCUGGCCACAUGACCCGGAAGUUGUACGCCAGCUCCCUCAGCCAAUAAAGCGAGAUGAGCAUCACAACCCCAGAGUCGGCCACGACUAGACCUAAUGGUCAGGGGUCCCUUUACCUUUUAGUGCUACUUCUGAUACCCAAGCCUUCCUUGGAGAUAUGAGCAGAUAUCUAGCACCCUGUUCCUUCAUCCCAGGCAUCCCCAACUUGCGGCCCUCCAGAUGUUUUGGCCUACAACUCCCAUGAUCCCUAGCUAACAGGACCAGUGGUCAGGGAUGAUGGGAAUUGUAGUUUGGAGGGCCGAAGGUUGGGGGUGCCUGCUUUAUCCUUUUGUGGUUCCUUUUCUGAAUUCUAGUUUAACAAAUGGAAUUCCUAAAAUCAAUUCUGUGCAAUUUGCCUUGGCCUUCUUGCUCCUCCAGGUCAUCUUUGCCUUCCCUGUGAAUUGCUAAUGUGCAUCUAAACCAAGGCAAGAAAGCAAUCUGGAUGUGCAUUGUUUAACUCAGCGGUUCUCAACCUGUGGGUCCCCAGGUGUUGUUGGACUACAACUCCCAUCAUCCCUGAGCUCUGGCCUUGCUAGCUAGGGGUGAUGGGAGUUGUAGUUCAACAACAACUGGGGACCCACAGUUUGAGAAAGGCUGGUUUAACUGGUGUAUACCUGCAGCCCUAGUCAUUGCUGAAGUUACACACUAUAAUAGGUUUCAUAGAACUGUUUGAAUGAUCCCAUCAGUGGUACUGCUUUAUCAGUGCACUGGCAGUGAAGCCUUGUUUGUUUGUUCGUAUAUUUUAGUUUUGGCCUCAUAUCCUGCCCAUCAUCUCAAUAUUGUCCCCACUCCAGGGCAGGUAGCAGGGGACAGAAUACAAAUAUUUUAAAAAACCAAUUCCAAUAACAGUGUAAUUAGCUAGUUCGCAGUAUAACUGUCAAGGAAUGCAGUCUUAAACAGCCUGUACUAAAAGACAUGUCUUCAGCUGGUUCCUAAAACAGCAUCAUCUUGGCAUCAGCUAACAUGUUAUGCAAUAAAUGUGCACAAUGUGUUACUGUACUCGCUUGGCCACAUUGUGCUGCAAGCUGUAUGCAUUUGUGCAGGGAAUUACAUAGAAUCACAGAAUUGUCGAAUUGGAAGGAACCUCAAGGAUCAUCUAGUCCAGGCAUAGCCAACCUUCACCCUCCAGAUCUUUUGGACUACAAUUCCCAUCAUCCCUGACCACUGGUCCUCUUAGCUAGGGAUGAUGGGAGUUGUAGUCUCAAAACAUCUGCCGUGCUGAGUUUGAGGAAGCCUGGUGUAUAUAUAUUAUCAGGAGGUCCAUUUCUGCAAAUUGUAGGAACCAGGCCUUCAAUGUGGUGGCACCUACUCUUUUGACUUCCCAGCACCUGAGUGCAAGACAGGCAUUCUCUGCUGACUUUUUGUGCUUACUGAGGACCUUCCUCUUCCAAGAAACCUUCUAAGUUAUCUUUCUGUAUUGGAAUUUUAGAAAAGGUGUUUCUAUUGUUUUAUUACUUGUUUGCUGCCCUUGGGCUCCUUUAGAAGGUAGGGAAGGAAGGGUCAUAAAUAGGCAUGCCAUAUGUCAGGAAAUUUCCUGACAUGUCCUGAUUUUUGGGUGUCGGGGUGAAUUUUGAUGGACUGGCAAAAUGUCAGGGAGUGCAAACAGCUCAAAAAGCUUAAAAUCACUACUUUUGGGUUUCCCCAAAUUAGCUCUACAAUUUUGGGGUCUUCCUCAAAAAAAAAAAAAAGGCUGAAUAAUUUUUUGGGUGCCAGUAAUUUUUACUUUUUGGAAGUAUGGCAACCUUAGUAAUAAAUUUAAUGCAUAAGUGAAUGAAUGAGCGGAUCAUAUUGUUGUUAGCUUCAGCCUUGCUUUGCUGUCUUCCUCUAGGAUCCGAAUUGCCGGAAUCAGGGGCAUCCAGGGUGUGGUUCGCAAGACUGUUAAUGACGAGCUGCAGGCAACCAUAUGGGAGCCUCAGAACAUGGACAAGAUAGUGCCCUCCCUGCUGUUCAAUAUGCACAAGAUUGAAGAUGUUGACAGGUGUGUAAGUGCAUGCUCAUUAAAUCCUAUUUAAUUUAUUUGAAAAAUAAAAAUAAAAAUGUAUAUACCACCAAAUAUCAUGGUGGCAGGCCCGGAUUUAGGUUUGAUGAGGCCCUAAGCUACUGAAGGUAAUGGGGCCCUUUAUAUAUCCAGCCGUCAACAACAAAUGGUCACUGUUUUUUGUGUUGAAUAUAUGAUAUAUGGUAAUUUAUGGACUAAAUAGAUAUCUAAAGCCAUUUGCGCAUGUUGCCAUGCAACCAGUCCAUGCAGAAUGUAGGCACCCUAUAUAUAGAAAUGAGCAAACCAGUGAUAUUUUAGGGAGCAGGCUAGCAGGCAGAGCCCAUUACUUACAUCAUAGGAGCCUCCACAAUACAAAACACCAUUGCUGUAUGUAGGUUUUAUUUUAUUUUUAUCUUAUAUUUUGGAAAGGUACAUCCAGGUUUUCUUUCCUUUAAUUUUUUUUGGGGGGGCCCCAAGAGAGUGGGGCCCUAAGCUAUAGCUUGUUUAGCUUAUACGUAAAUCCGGCACUGCAUGGUGGUGAACAACAUAGGAGAAACAAUAAAAAUUUCAUUAAUAAUACAAGUGUGAAAUUCUGCUCUGUGCUCGGCUUUUUAUGGUAAGGACCUUUUGUAAAAUGCUUUGUGAGCCCCCCAGCAGGGAAGCACCAUAAUGCAGUUCAUUCCAGCCAUCCUUCUGUAAGCGCUGAUAUCACCUAGGCAUGGUUUGGGGGAAAGGGCCUUGCAGGCAAAAAUUGCACCUGUGCCAGAGGUUUUUCUCUAUUGCUGAUGGUGGGUUGUCCCAACCAUCUAAGACAGGAUUUCCCAAACUUGAAACUCCAGCUGCUGUUGGACUACAACGCCCAUCAUCCCUUGGACCGGUGGACUGAAAGAAGCUACAUUUUCCUCACAAGUAUUCCUAUGCAAAUGUGUGGAGAUUUAAUUAGCUGAUUGAUUACAAUUCAGGCAGUGGAUCAACUAAGGCUUUCAAAACUGGUAAUAAAAACAGAAAUACGUGAGUUAAAUUUUAACUCAGCCGCUUUGAAAUCUUUGUUUGGACAUUGAGAAUACUCCACCCGAAAAGGCUAAUUUCACACCAUCAACCCUCUGGAUGCACGUAUAAUAAAGAGCUUGAAAACAGUGUUUAUGGAUUGUUGAACUGUUGGCCUCAUACGGUGCAUGCAAUAAGUUUCUCGUCUCAUUUUCCUUUUGGAUAUUAUGACUCUUUGCAUAUGGAGGCAUUGCAGAGAGAAGCAUCUUGAAGAGUGGGAGGAAUAAGCAGAUGGUGGAGGCAGAUGGUCAUAUGUAGGAGAAAAUAGUAUCUGCAGCCCCACAGCGGAGGGAUGGAAACACUUUCUCCACUUCAGGAAGAAGAAAACUUUAGGGUUGUUGUUUUCUUUCUUUCUUUUGGCAGCGAUGUGACGCUGUGUGUCUUCUUCAAAAAACAGCCACUCACAACAGUGGAUGCCCUGGUUUGAUGAAUUGCAUUAAUCAUAAUUAAGCAUUGUGGCAAUCACACAGGGUCCCCGUACGUUUCACCGUCUAUUGAUCCCUGUGCCACCACUUUAUUUCUCGCUGCCACCACCCAGGCCCUACCUGGUACAAUACUGAGUCCAGUCAGGGUAAAAUUGGAACAUAAACUUCUGUUUAUUUAUUGCAGUUUAACAAGCGUGUGGUUUCAUAGACGGUAUCAGUCAGUUACAAUCAUGGGGUGCCUAUCCAGACCUAUAACUUCCGCUACCCGCUCUCACUCACUAAACCACCUCUCAGAUAUUUACUUGUCUUCCUAGCUCCUAACUGUUCCUGACUCAGCUUAUUUCGCUACACUAACUCAACCUACCCACAGACUCUAUCCCAAUUCACUCCCACUCCAACCAACCACCCAACUCCCAACAAAUUCCCCCCUUCACUCCUCCCAGAGCUGGUUUUAUAGUCCCUCUAACUCCACCCCCCUGGGUUCUGAUUGGGUAACCUGUUUAACUAUUUCACCUCCAGCACUCUCAUAUGUUAACGUCACAAGCAUAUCAUGGAAUCACAGAAUUGUAAAGUUGGCAGGGACUCCUUCUUCUAGGCCAUACCGGUCCAGCCUGCACAACAGUGUUGGAAGCUGUGUGUGACAUGUACCUCUCGGGUUGUGUGUGUGUGUGUCCAUUCUUGGUUGAUGACUUGGAAAGAUGACUUCGUUGGGCACAACCAUGCAUGCAUACGCGUGAAUUUAAAAUAACUUAGAGGGCAUAUGGUUUUGUUUCAGUCGGAUCUGCCCCUCUUCGUCAGCCUCGGGAGGGGAAAAAGAGGAAAACCCCUCGGCGCUGUCUGAGAAUUGUUUCAGGGAACUUCUCGGCCGAGCAACAUACGGCAACAUGAACCAUGCUGUCAGGCCGGUUUUCGCGUGAGUAGGAGAUCUGUUUGUGUGUGUGUGUGUGUGUGUAAAAAGAAAGAAAAAGAAAAGGCAUCUGCAGUGUCACAUUUGGGACUGCACAAAAAGAAGCUGAUGUGCAGAAACCUCUGGGUCACAGCUGUUCUCUUGGGGGACACUGCAGGUGGACCAUUCCCCCCGCCCAAAAAAAACAAAAUAAAGAAGUUCAGUUGUCCUCUUGAAUCAGAGCCAGAAGCUUACACCCAGUCAUGUGAGUAGCUGCCCCAGUUUGGGAUGCGGGAGAAAUUCCGUAUUUUUCGCUCUAUAGGACACACUUUUUCCCCUCCAAAAAUUAAGGGGAAAUGUGUGUGUGUCCUAUGGAGCGAAUGCAGGCUCCUUGGCUCCCUCCACGCUCCAGAGGCAUCACGUUGCUUUCGGUGAAGCCUAGAGAGCGAGAGGGGUUGGUGCGCACCGACCCAUCUUGCUCUCCAGGCUUCAGGGAUAGCCACCUGAAGCCUUCAGAGCACAGCGCGAGUUCCCGCUGCGCUCUGCAGGCUUCGGGUUCCUUUUGCUGAAGCCAGGAGAGCAAGACUCCCCUGGCUUCAGCAAAAGGAACCCGAAGCCUGCAGAGCGCAGCGGGAACUUGCGUUGUGCUCCGAAGGCUUCAGGGAUCUUUGAGGCUGGUAGAGGGGGAAAGCAGCGCUCCCCCCCCCCCCUACCCAAGAGCAGGUUGAAAGGAACCCAAAGCCCCCGGAGUGCAGCGGGAACUCCCGCCGCCCUCCUGAGGCUUCGGGUUGCCUUCACUGAAGCCUGGAGAGCGAGAGGGGUCAGUGCGUGCCGACCCCUCUCUCUCUCCAGGCUUCCAAGGUAGCCGCCUGAAGCCUCCAGAGCGCAGUGGGAACUCCUGCUGCACUCCGGAGGGUUCGGGUUGCCUUCACUGAAGGCGACUGAGCGCACCUUGAACACACUGAACGCACCUUGUUUUAGAUGGGGAAAACAAGAAAAAAAAAUUCUCCCCCUCUCUCCGCAGCGCCCUUCAGCGAAGCGGGAGGAGAAAUGGAAGGGGCUCCGUUUCUCCUGCCACUUUGCUGAAGGGGCGCUGAGCAGAGAGGGGGAGAAUUUUUUUUUUCUUGUUCUCCCCCUCUAAAACAAGGUGCGUCCUAUCGUCGGGUGCGUCCUAUAGAGCGAAAAAUACAGUACUUUGUAUUUCAAUGUUUGUCUAUUCAAAUUGCGCUUCUUGAAAAUAAUAUGUGAACUCAACCACAUCAGCCUUUCUAAACGUGCUCUCCUGCAAAUUCUGCAAUGCCGUUCUCCAACCAAAUUAUGCGACUAUAAAAAUACAUAAUGACAGAGAACGACUUGCCAAAAAGUGCAACAUAUUAACGUAAUUAUUUCGAAAAUGGGUACGUUAGGCAGAAUUGCAAACAAAACCUGCGUAUUAGGAGAAAUAUGCACGGCGAUGCUUUCGAUUUUUUUAUGAGGCCUUAAAAAAAUAAAGCAAACUGAUGCAAAAAUGUAGAGAAGUGAAUUGAAGAUUAGAAAAGCGAGAAAUUGUCUGAAAUUGGCAUAUGCAUUGAUCCACAGUCGCAGCACAGUGGUUUGUAGGACUCGGUCAUAAGAUGUGUUCACUGCUGUCAUAUAAUUGCUCACAUUUAGGAAUAACUUGAUAAUGUUUAGGUCCCAUUUGCUCUGAGCACAAUGCAAAACAAUGUUUGGAUUAGGGGUAGUUUGGUUUAAUUUAAUUUAUUAUAUUAUACUUUAUCUUCUUAGACAUUUAGACCACCACAGACUGUGGGACCCCAACGAAUUUGCUGUCGCCAUUUUCAAAAUCAUCAUGUACUCAAUACAGGUAAGGUUUAUUUCUCUAACUCUGUCAUUUGAAGCAAAACCCAAGGAGGCAGAUGUUCUUUGAUGACAAUCACUCAUUGUUUAAAUAACAGAAGGCCCCAAAACGCUACCAAAUCCCUUCUCCUUCUGAGAAAAUGUCAGACACUUACACAUUAACUUGGUGCUCCAGAGAUAGUUGUUACGUCCCCCCCCCCCAUCUGAAACAUUUGGCUCCCAGGAAAGGCAGCUGUGUUCAUCUUCCUAAGCAGCAAAUUGUCUUUUAAACAGAUACUUGACAUCUGUUUUGAAAUCUCUUUUAGACACUUGACUUUCUUCUCCAACCCGAAUCCCCAGUUGUUUAAGUAAAAUUUUUGCAUAGUUGUACAAUGCGUGAGCAACUGGAAUAAUAGAAUAAUAGAACUGUUGAGUUGGAAAGGACCCCCAAAAGUCGUCUAUAAUAAUAAUUUAUUAUUUGUACCCUGCCCAUCUGGCUGGGUUUCCCCAGCCACUCUGGGUGGCUUCCAACAAAGAUUAAAAAUACAUUAAAAUGUCACACAUUAAAAACUUCCCUGAAAAGGGCUGCCUUCAGAUGUCUUCUAAAAGUCUGGUAGUUCUUCUCUUUGACAUCGGGUGGGAGAGCGUUCCACAGGGUGGGUGCCACUACCGAGAAGGCCCUCUGCCUGGUUCCCUGUAGUUUUGCUUCUCGCAGUGAGGGAACCGCCAGAAGGCCCUCAGCACUGGACCUCAGCGUCCGGGCAGAACGAUGAGGGUAGAGAUGCUCCUUCAGGUAUACUGGGCCGAGGCCGUUUAGUCCAGCCCCCUGCAAUGCAGGAAUCUCAACAUACAACCAGUCCUUGAGAACUCUCUGUGUCACAGUGAGUCAGUGCACCUGGCUGUUAACCAGAAGGUUGGAGCUUUGAGCCCACCCAGGGAUGGCUGUGGGCCAGAUUGCUGCAUUAGAUUGCCCCCAGGGUCCUUUCCAGCCCUACAGUCCCAUGAUUCUAAGUGUAUGGAGCCUGUGGUAGCUUCAAAAUGUAAACGGAUUAUCUCCUAACUGGGAUGGAAUGCUGCAAGCGCAUAGACUUGUUCCUGAAGGAUUCGUACUCAAAGGCCUACCUAUGGGUUGGUGAAACUGGCUGCUGCAGGCCCCAGGGACACGGACACACACACACCUAUGGUGGUGCACCACUGCUGUCACAGUGAGAUCUAAUGUGGCUGAAGCUUCUGAAGUUCCCUCACUGCAAGAAGUGAGGUUGCAGGGAACCAGGCAGAGGGCCUUCUCGGUGGUGGCGCCUGCCCUGUGGAAUGUCCUCCCAUCUAUCUGAAUUUUAGAAGACAUCUGAAGGCAGCCCUGUUUAGGGAAGUUUUUAAUGUUUGAUGUUUUAUCGUGUUUUUAAUAUUCUGUUGGGAGGCGCCCAGUGUGGCUGGGGAAACCCAGCCAGAUGGGCGGGGUAUAUUAUUAUUAUUAUUAUUAUUAUUAUUAUUAUUAGGCCAGAGUCCAUAAUUCUUUAUUGACUGCAUCUUUCCACAUGAUCCCAUCCCCUUUGGUGGGUUAACAUCACAUUUGGAGGAAUAUCAGGGACUGCCUUAUGCUGAGUGGAGACCAUUGGACCAUUAGAUCAAUAUUGUCUACACUGGCUCUACAGGGUUUUUCCUCAGCCCUACCUGAAGAUGCCAAGAACUGAACCUGAGACCUUCUGCAUGCAAAGCAGAUUCUCCACCGCUGAGCUAUGGUCCUCCCCCAAGAUCUUGCUCUGGGUAUCAACUCCUCUUGAACCCAGUUUUGCUGAAGCCCAUCAUAUAAUUAUGUUGCACCAAUGGCAGACUUUGGUAAUCUGGGUAAACUGGUUCCUUGUGUGAGGAUAAAAUUUGGUGCCCUCAACUGGAUCUCCUCAAUUAUGGAUCUUCUGAAUUUUGCACCUCUUCAGAUCAACACCUUUUGUGGGGGAACAGCCUGCACCACCCUAAAUCUGGCGCUGGUUGCACAUUUUCAUCUGCUUGCUGAACCCUUUAUAUUUACCGUAUUUUUUGCUGUAUAAGACUCACAUUUUCCCUCCUAAAAAGUAAGGGGAAAUGUGUGUGCAUCUUAUGGAGCGAAUGCAGGCUGCACAGCUAUCCCAGAAGCCAGAACAGCAAGAGGGAUUGCUGCUUUUGCUGCGCAGCGAUCCCUUUUGUUCUGGCUUCUGAGAUUCAGAAUAUAUUUUUUCUUGUUUUCCUCCUCCAAAAACUAGGUGUGUCUUAUGGUCUAGUGCGUCUUAUAGAGCGAAAAAUACGGUAGUUAAUAUGUGGGGGCCUAAACUAUCUAUCUAUCUAUCUAUCUAUCUAUCUAGGAGUGGGGCAAGGGAGUAGAGAUCUUUGUGCACAGCAGGUAAAACAUUGUCAACACCAGUUAAGUGUUUCCUCGGGCAGUUUGCAUGAGAAAGAGCAGUUGGAAUUAAAGAUCACAGGAAGCAGCUUUUAAUUUACAUUUGAAACCGACAAGUAUUUUUUGAUUUCUAGGCGCAGUACUCUCAUCACGUGAUACAGGAAAUUCUGGCACACCUAGAUUCUCGCAGGAGAGAUUUCCCCCGAGUCCGAGCGGGUAUCAUCCAGGCCCUUUUGCAAGCAGUGGCCAUUGCUGCGAAAGGUUCCAUAGGUAAGUGCCAUGCUAUGAGCAUACAGUGGUGCCCCGCAAGACGAAUGCCUUGCAAGACGGAAAACCCGCUAGACGAAAGGGUUUUCCGUUUUGGAGGUGCUUCGCAAAACGAAUUUCCUAUGGGCUUGCUUCGCAAGACGAAAAUGUCUUGCGAGUUCCUGCGGGGGGUUUUUCCUCCCCCCCCUUUUUCCCAAGCCGCUAAGCCGCUUAUCAGCUGAUCCGCUAAGCCGCUUAACAGCUGAUCCGCUAAGCCGCUUAACAGCUGAUCCCUAAGCCGCUUAUCAGCUGAUCCGCUAAGCCACUAAGCCGCUUAUCAGCUGAUCCGCUAAGCCGCUAAGCCGCUUAUCAGCUGAUCCGCUAAGCCACUUAACAGCUGAUCCCUAAGCCGCUUAUCAGCUGAUCCGCUAAGCCACUAAGCCGCUUAUCAGCUGAUCCGCUAAACCGCUAAGCCGCUUAUCAGCUGAUCCGCUAAGCCCACUAAGCCGCUAAUAGCGCUAAUCCGCUAAACCGCUAAUGGGCUUGCUUCGCAAGACGAAAAAACCGCAAGACGAAGAGACUCACGGAACGGAUUCUUUUCGUCUUGCGAGGCACCACUGUAUCUGGGUGGGAUUGGACACUAAUUCUUCAUCAUGUUGAGAGGAGCAAGUCUGCACCUGCUCAAGGGCACCGUUCAUAUCCAUGUGGAAACAGGAUGUGUGUUGUGAUUGUGAUGAAAUAGAGCAGGGAUGUCCAACAGGCCUAUCGCGAUCUACUGGUAGAUCUCCGGUAGGUUUUGGUAGAUCGCGGUUGAUUGUUGGUUAAUAAUAAUAAUAAUAAUAAUAAAUUUAUUAUUUAUACCCCACCCAUCUGGCUGGGUUUCCCCAGCCAUUCUGGGCUGCUUCCAACAAAAUAUUAAAAUACAGUGGUCUGUUAAACAUUAAAAGCUUCCCUAAACAGGGCUGCCUUCAGAUGUCUUCUGAAUGUCUGGUAGUUGUUUUUCUCUUUGACAUCUGGUGGGAGGGCAUUCCACAAGGCGGGUGCCACUACCGAGAAGGCCCUCUGCCUGGUUCCCUGUAACUUGGCUUCUCUCAAUGAGGGAACCACCAGAAGGCCCUCGGCACUGGAUCUCAUUGUCCAGGCAAAAGGAUGAAGGUGGAGACACUCCUUCAGGUAUUCCCCUUUCCUCAGUGGUGGUAAAACAGAAUUGGGCCCCGCCUCCUCGGCCCGCCCUCCAUUGUUGCAGGAUCUCCAGGACGGAACACGGAGCUUUUGCAGUGAGGCUGAUUGUUUCCUUAGUGAUCUUUUGGUGAGUGACUCUCCACCUUUCUCCUAGUGUGGUGUAGUGGUUAAGAGCAGUGGACUCGUAAUCUGGUGAACCGGGUUCGCUUCCCCGCUCCUCCACAUGCAGCUGCUGGGUGACCUUGGGCUAGUCACACUUCUCUGAAGUCUCUCAGCCUCACUCACCUCACAGAGUGUUUGUUGUGGGGGAGGAAGGGAAAGGAGAAUGUUAGCCGCUUUGAGACUCCUUAGGGUAGUGAUAAAGCGGGAUAACAAGUCCAAACUCCUCCUCCUCCUCCUCCUAAAAAAGCUCAGCAACUUUUCCCUGAACACCUCCUCUCUCAGGAGUUGGCCGUCCCUGAAAUAGAGAUACUCUGUCCCCUACACUGGAGAAAUCAGCUACCCGAUUUUGGUCUGUGUCUACUGACUUUUAUGUACAUAGGUUUUAUUUGUAUGUUCCAUCACCAAAUGGACAUGCAAGGACAUUGGAGGUGGGUUAGGAUACCAGACUAAUGAAAAGAACAAUUACAUAUUUCUUCCCUGCCAUGUGAUGAGUUGGAUCGGGAAAGAAAUAUUGUCUUCCUUCCUCACUGAAAUGUCUGGUUUUAUAUGUGUGUUAGAUUUCUGUCCUACUCCCAAAGAAGUCCAGGGCUCCUUGAAACAGAUGCAAAUGGUUGCAAAUGAUUUAAUAAUCUAAUAAGUAAAAGCAGCCCCAUGAUUUUCAGUCUAGACUUGAAUUACUUUAUUUUAUUAUAAUUGUUUUGAUACUAUUCAUAUUUUUUCUCUGCCCAUCCACUGUUAAUGGCAAAACCCCCUUAAAUUCUUGAUUUACAUUAUGAAGUGUUUGUUUUAUUAUUUUUUAAUAUUUAAGAGGAUGCCAUCAUGUUUUUAGUCCCAAAGAGAACAUUUUUAUAUCUGCAGUUGCAGAUCAAACAACAGGUUGUGAAAGCAUCAUCAGAUGUGUGGAGGGGAAAAAAAUAAAAGAACAAACCAGUGACUCAUUUCAAAGUUAUGCUAAUUAUGGUGCAAUCCAGCCAAUUGCCUCAUCUGUGUAUUUUCAUUUGGGAACAUGCACAAAUUGCUCCCAGUUGGAAGCCCUGACCGGCUAACAAUGAACAGUAGUCUGGCACGAUGUGUGUGUACUAGCUCAUCAGCGCUUUGGGGAACAGCGAACAAUAGUAUAAAUUGCAAAUCCCAAAAAUGAUGGUGAGCGUGUGGUGGCAGUUUUCAGAAAGGCGUAAAUAGCUGCGGCUGGAGGGGAGGAGUAUGUUUGGAACACCCCCUAAUUUAAAGUUGCAGCAGAAUGAUGAUUUGGUCAACAUUUCCAGAACUCUUAAGGCUGAAUUGGUUUAACUCCAGGACUUCUGGAGGUGGCAGUGGGAGGGUCGGGUGAUAAACAUGUCUGGUUUAUGUCUGGUUAUAAGGCCAGGAGAGAGUUGGCGGCGAAAAGCCAAUUCUUGGGGUGGGAGUGGCGUGCUGAACUUUGGUUUCGACUUAAUUUGAUUUAUUGCAUUUCAAUGCCUCUUUCCAUUUCAACAAAUCCCAACAAUAACAAAUUUACAAACAGUAAAUAACAGCAACAUUAUUGAGCAAUGCAAGUACAGCACAAAUCAUGUAAUGUAAUUAACAGAUCAUCCGUAGAAACAAUUGCAAUCUAGGACCCUCGUACCUACGGGACUGCCUCUCCUGGUAUGUCCCACGGAGGACCUUACGGUCUUCAAAUAAAAACAUCUUGGAGGUCCUGGGCCACAGGGAGGUUAGGCUGGCCUCAACCAGAGCCAGGGCUUUUUCAGCCAUGGUCCCAAUCUGGUGGAACGCUCUGUCACAAGGGACUUGACAUCUUUCCGCAGGGCCUGCAUGACGGAGCUGUUCCACCAGGCCUUUGGCCAAGGCACAGUCUGACCCCCUUCUUUGGUAAUCCUCAUAGAACUCUAGCCCAAUGGUUGCCAUUAAUGUGAUUUGAAUUGAUUUUAGAAUGAAUUGAUUUUAGAAUGUAUUUCAAUUAAUUGAUUGUGAUUUUAUGUAUACAGUGUUAUUUUUACUGUUGUUAGCCGCGCUGAGCCCGGCUUUGGCUGGGGAGGGCAGGAUGUAAAUAAGUUGUUGUUGUUAUUGUUGUUGUUAUCUAUAAGACUCCACUGAGGAACCAAUAACUAAAAAAUAAGCGUCACGAUUGCAGUAUAAGUCAUAUUAUAUGGUAAGCAAAUCAAGAAGAGGAUUAGGCAAAUUCUUGGAGGGGAGGGCUAUCGAUGGCCACUAGCCAUGAUGGCUAUCUUCCACCACCACAGUUGGAGGCAGCAAUGCUCUUCCAAAUACUCGUUGCUGGAAACAACAGGUAGGGAGAGGACUGUUGUGCUUGAAUCCUACUUGCUGCUUUCCCAUAGGCAUCAGGCUCGCCACUGUAAGAACACGACGCUGGACUGGAUGGGCCAUGAUCCAGCAGCUUCGUCUUAGGUUCUUAAUAAGGCAUUAAGUGUUGGUGUUGACCUCUAAAUGGCCUCGGCCCAGUAUACCUGGAGGAGCAUCUCUACCUCCAUCGUUCAGCCCGGACAAUGAGGUCCAGCGCUGAGGGCCUUCUGGCGGUUCCCUCACUGCAAGAAGCAAAGCUACAGGGAACUAGGCAGAGGGCCUUCUCGGUGGUGGCACCCGCCCUGUGGAGCACCCUCCCAUCAGAUGUCAAAGAGAUAAAGAACUACCUGACAUUGAGAAGACAUCUGAAGGCAGCCCUGUUCAGGGAAGUUUUUAAUGUGUGACAUUUUGAUGUAUUUUUAAUCUUUGUUGGAAGCCGCCCAGAGUGGCUGGGGAAACCCAGCCACAUGGGCCGGGUACAAAUACAGUGGUACCUCAGGUUAAGUACUUAAUUCGUUCCGGAGGUCCGUACUUAACCUGAAACUGUUCUUAACCUGAAGCACCACUUUAGCUAAUGGGGCCUCCUGCUGCCGCCGCACCGCCGGAGCACGAUUUUUGUUCUCAUCCUGAAGCAAAGUUCUUAACCUGAAUCACUAUUUCUGGGUUAGCGGAGUCUGUAACCUGAAGCGUAUGUAACCUGAGGUACCACUGUAAUAAGUUAUUAUUAUUAUUACUAUUAUUAUUAUUAUUAAUCUAUAAAGCAAUAUUAGCAAAAUAGCAAUUAAAAAAGAAGCUAAACGCUGUUCUCACACACUCUGUGAUGGCCUGGGAUUCCGAUUCGGAGGAUGAAACAGAGGAAUCCCGGCCUGCACAGGAGUCCCCGCCUCCAGGGCCGGCUGAACUGGGGCAAGGCCUUGAUGCUGAAGAGCCUGCACCUGUGGCAGUGCAUCAGGAGCUGGCCCCAGGUGAAGCCCUUCGGGCCCCAGAGGGGCUUGAUGACUCAGUGGCCACAGGUGAGCCUCCUCCAGGGCCCAGUAACCCUUCGGCCUCUCCUGAUCUGCAGAGGCUUAGGGCCGCGAGGCGAAGGGAGCUGGUUGCCCCCAGGAGGAGUGCUCGCCUUAAGGCCAGAGGAGGCGGGGCUCCUGGGGACCGGGACCGCCCCUGGCCUUAGAAGAGGAUAAAAGCCCAGUCAGCCCGGCCCCAGGUUGCGGGAGCAACGUCGUUGUUGGCUUCGGACCUUCCCGUGUUCCUGAUCCCUGCUCGGCUUCCUGUUCCUGACCAUCCGGUACUCCUGUUCCCUGCUCGGCCUCCUGUUCCCGACCAUCCGGUGUUCCUGUUCCCUGCACAGCCUCCUGUUCCAGCAUUCCUGUUCCCCGCCCGGCUCUCUGCCUCGGACCUUGCCCCCCUUCGUGUGGACUCUGCUACACCCAAGGUACCUUACCCCCGGGACCAGCACACACUCUUUCCCCCCACCAAUGACUCAGAAUCUUUCAGUCUGUUCAGUUCAUUAACAUAAACACACACACACACACACACACACACACACACACAUUGAUUAUACAGGUGUUGUAGAAAUUUAAAAGGGGUUCCUAGAAUGGAGCUCUCCCUUCCAGAAACCCAAAAUGAAAGGAUGUAGGCUCCAAAUGAAAAGUUAGGCCUUUAUUGGAAUACAAAUGCACAUAAGGACAGCGUCAAAAGUAAGGAGGAGGCACAUACACACACAAAAACCCAAAUCUCACUACAGCCAACCAAAGACAACCAACCACAUCCUAGGCCACGCCCAACCUCUCUCACCACCAAGGAAAUACAACAAGCGAAUAGUAAGAGAACCCACACAAGUGACACUGGCACAAAACCCCACACAUACACUAAGUAGAGGAAUAGAAGCCUUGACACCCCACCCACCUCGCCGUUCCCCCCCUCUCCCUCUCUCCUUCCUAACCUAACGCUGUAUGUAGCACUAAUGUCUCACAACAAAUGAAACUGACCUGUAGAAAACGCAACUUUGGAAAAAAGAGACAAUGCAUGUAUUUUUGUAAACUAAGAAAUUUUAAAUAAAAUUAUGUUUUAAAAAGUAAGGAGGAGGCUGCAAACAACCACAUCCAAAACAAUGUUUCUGAAACACUUCCAGAUUGCACACGUGAUUUCUAUUUGCUAAUCUAAGGGUCACAGCAAUCUUAACAAUUGCAACCCGAUGCCAUCAGCCUCAACCAAUCGAAACCAUCAGCCCUCAUCAUAAUAUCCUGUGAUUACAUAUAAUCAUUUUUCAAUGUCUUUAUUAAGACCCAGACUAAUUUUCCUAUUCAUUAAAUGUCUCCCAAUAUCCUCUUUCAUCUGCCUGCAAAACAAUUCAAGAUUAAUCACAGUUGCCAUGCCUAGCUGAUUCUCUGUUCGCGCAUACAAUGGCCACCAUAAAUUCUAACAGGUUAUUCUUUCCAGUGUUCUGGAAUGGGCAUUUGCUACACACACAACCUAAAAGCAGCUAGUUCUAUACUGUAAAAGGCAGGCACAGCCCUCUUCAGUUUACCUAGAGCAUAGGCUCAAAAGAAAACGGAAUCAUCAGAAUGGUACAGUUUUAUGAAAUUAUCAUUUUCUCCAUCACAGGAGGACCCUUCUCUAAUAGAAAUACAGUGGUACCUUGGGUUACAUACGCUUCAGGUUACAUACGCUUCAGGUUACAGACUCCACUAACCCAGAUAUAUUACCUCGGGUUAAGAACUUUGCUUCAGGAUGAGAACAGAAAUCGUGCUCCGGCAGCACGGCGGCAGUGGGAGGCCCCAUUAGCUAAAGUGGUACCUCAGGUUAAGAACAGUUUCAGGUUAAGAACGGACCUCUGGAACGAAUUAAGUACUUAACCCGAGGUACCACUGUACCUAUAACAGAGCCAUAUUUUAACUUACAAGUUAUUAAGUUAAACCUGUGACCCAUCCAGGGCCAGAUUUAGGUUUGAUGAGGCCCUAAGCUACUGAAGGUAAUGAGGCCCUUUAUAUGUCCAGCUGUCCUUUGUCAACAACGAAUAGUUCCUAUUUUUUGUGUUGAAUAUAUGCUUUAUGGUAAUUUAUGGGCUUAAUAGGCAUCUAAAGCCAUUUGCCACUGUUGCUGUAUGUAGGUUUUAUUUUCUUUGUUUUUUAUCUUAUAUUUUGGAAAUGUACAUCCAGUGGGGUUUUUUUCCCUUUACAUUUUUUGGGGGGCCCCAAGAGAGUGGGGCCCUAAGCUAUAGCUUGUUUAGCUUAUACAUAAAUCUGGCAGUGGACCCGUCCCUCUGAAAAGUGGUAUUCAAGGCAGCGACCACCAGCAGUACAAUUACAACAAAAUGCAACCAUCUCAAUGCCCUUGGGUUUAUUCAGCUGUGUCCCUCUGGGCCUCUGCUGCUAUAGCCAAUGUUGCGUCAUAUUGGGUGGUGCGCAUGACAGCUUGGACUUGAUGGUCUGGGUCUGCGCUGAGUGACUUGCUGCCGGCGGAACAAGCAAGGAGACUCCAGGACUCUUGAGUCAACUCCAAGUUGCAGAUGCCCCAUAGGGAAUAGGCCCAAACCUGAGCCCCAGUUACCACUAUGAUCGACAAGAAGAUGGCAACUUUGGCUUUGUUGAGGCUUUAGCCCUUGUUGCAGACCCUUUGUCCAGGCAAUACAGGUCCCCACACGGAGUCACAAUAACAACAAGGCCUUCUGCCUGUCCUGGGACUUUAUUGGGAUCCCCACUUGAGGGAGCCAUAGAUGCCCAUAACUUGGCCUGGUCCCAGUGUGCUUGGUGGGUUCAAGCUAAGGGGUCACUCGCUUCUGAGCCCUUUAACUCCCCAGUAGUUGCUUGCUGUAGGCUGUGGGGUUUGGGGAGGGACAGUUUUAGCGAUCCUCUGGGUGGCAGUUUUAGGACCUUCAAAGGUCACAGCCAAUGAGCUCAUUCCCCAGUUAUACCUUUGGCGGUAGAAAGCAAAUAAAAAGUGGAGAAUGGGUUCUCCAUUAAUGGUCCAUGACUCUCAGUGCCUUUAGCUGAAGACUACAUCUGUGGAGAGAGGGACACGGGUGGCGCUGUGGGUUAAACCACUGAGCCAAUCAGAAGGUUGGCAGUUCGAAUCCCCGUGACGGGGUGAGCUCCCGUUGCUCAGUCCCUGCUCCUGCCAACCUAGCAGUUUGAAAGCACAUCAAAGUGCAAGUAGAUAAAUAGGUACCGCUCUGGCGGGAAGGUAAACGGUGUUUCCAUGCACUGCUCUGGUUCGACAGAAGCAGCUUAGUCAUGCUGGCCACAUGACCCAGAAGCUGUACGCCGGCUCCCUCGGCCAAUAAAGCGAGAUGAGCGCCGCAACCCCAGAGUCGGUCACGACUGGACCUAAUGGUCAGGAGUCCCUUUACUUUACCUUACAUCUGUGGAGAAUUUUUUCACUUUUUUGUGUUUAAGAAAGCUGAAGAAAGAUGCCUCCAUUCUUGACACUGUCCACUUGAAACAGAUAAUCCAACAUUUAAGAACAUGAGAAGAGCUGGAUCGUUGGAUCAGGCCAAAGGCCCAACAGUCUAGCAUUUGUUUCUCACAAUGGCCAACCAGAUGAGUGCAACAUCACCCUCGCUGCCAGUGAUUCAAAGCCACUGGUAUUCAAAGACAUACUUCUCCAAAAUUUGGGUCCCAGUGACCCACCCUUUCCUUCCCAAAGGUUGAAGCCGUUGGUUUUCGUCUCUCCACAGGCCCAACUGUCUUAGAAGUGUUUAACACCUUACUGAAGCAUCUGCGUUUCAGCGUCGAUUUCGAAUUAAGUGACAGGCGUAGUUCAGUGAGCAGUGCCAGCUUCAGUGCAAGUGCCAAAGAGAAUGACGAGAGAAUUGUCCAGAAUGCUAUCAUUCAAACAAUUGGUGAGUAAUUUUUAAUAGUUUUAAGGUUUCAUUUGUGGGGUGGAGGCAAAAGCAGUCCUCUGAACCACCCCAAGAUCUGCACGUACAGGGCAGUAUACAGAUGUAAAAUAAAUAAAAGCGGCCAUGAUAAUGAUAAAAAAAGUCAUCAUCAUUAUUGUUAUUAAGGUGGGACAUGGAGGUGAAGAGCAUGUAAUAUUAUUAGCAGUAGUAGUAGUGUUACAAUUAUUUGUUGUCUCCAAUGCUCGUCCUACUUAGAGACACAUUUGACGAACUUAGGUCCAUUAAUUUCCAUGAGUCUACUCUUGAGUAAAACUUAGCUGGAUGUUUUUAUUUAUUACAUUUGCUUGCAACUUCAUGCAAAAAAAAGAAAAAAGAAGUCUCAAGGCAACUUAAGCUGAAAUACAACAUACUAAAAACUAGGAAAAUCAGAAAACACCAAAAAUGCUCAUCCAUCGACAUAACAAUGGCAAAUUAAAAUAAAAUAGACUUUUCAAAAUUGCACAGUCUCUCGUCCUGAUGUAGGAGUAAUCCACAUAGAGCAACCCCAUUGGAUGCUGUUUGACUAAAACUCCCAUCAGCCCCAGUCAGUAAGUCAGUAAUGAUGGGAGUUGUAGUCCAUUUGGAGAGCACCACAUUGGCCACAUCUGUCCUAAUGCAUGUUAACUGGAAUAUUUUGUGUUUCUUUUUCUUCUUAAAAUUUAAAAAAUCAUAACAGGAGAGGAAUUUUUUUAUAUGCAAACCAAGGAAAAUAGCAAAAAAAGAAAACUAAAAUCAUAUGCAUGAUAAAAUCCAGCCUGGGGAGACAAAACAAUUACCAAUUGCUGGUUUUUCAUUUGGGGCAGAAGAAAAUCCAUUGUUGUCUGUUAAUUUUUCUUUCUGGAAUUAAAAAUAAAUAAAUCUUUUUGCACUUAGGUUUCUUUGGAAGCAACCUGCCAGACUACCAUCGGUCCGAGAUUAUGUUGUUCAUUAUGGGGAAAGUUCCUGUUCUGGGAGCAACUUCGCACACACUGGACACAAGCCAGUUUGGGUUUGUUCAGAUUGCUACAUAUUUGGGGCUUCCAGUGGGAAAUUUGUUUAUCCUAAAAGAGGCAGAAAUAAAGGAUGGCAGGCUUUGCAUACAGGCUUGGAUCCUGAAUAAUAUGGGCAGAUGGAAGCAUAUAGAGAAGGGGCUUUUCCUAUUUGUCCUUCCCCUUUGCAGCUUCUUGCUUCCCCCUGCCAAAGAAAUUCUCUGGAGAAUCACAUACACACACACAAAAAAACCAGGCUGGCAUAGGUCAGGGAGGAAUCACUCAAAAUGGUGUGGAGAGACUUUGCGUGAACACAACCCAACUCUUUAAAAUACCCCUAUUCUUUUUAAUCUGAUUUCCAUAAAGAAAGUGUGUAGCCAUAGGCGGUAUCCAAUUUUGUCUGUGAAGCGAAUAACAACUGGAGAGAAACAGAAUUGCCUUAUAUAUGCUGAAAUAUGGGUGGCGCUGUGGGUUAAACCACAGAGCCUAGGGCUUGCCGAUCAGAAGGUCGGCGGUUCGAAUACCCGCGACGGGGUGAGCUCCUGUUGUUCGGUCCCUGCUCCUGCCAACCUAACAGUUCGAAAGCACAUCAAAGUGCAAGUAGAUAAAUAGGUACUGCUCCAGCGGGAAGGUAAACGGCGUUUCCGUGCGCUGCUCUGGUUCGCCAGAAGCGGCUUAGUCAUGCUGGCCACAUGACCCGGAAGCUGUACGCCGGCUCCCUUCGCCAGCAAAGCGAGAUGAGCGCCGCAACCCCAGAGUUGUCUGCAACUCGACCUAAUGGUCAGGGGUCCCUUUCCCUUUACCUGCAUCAAAGCAAAAGUAUGUAAGAACAUAAGCCCUGCUGAAAAAGGGCCCAUGUAGCCCAGGAUCCUGUUCUUACAGUGGCCAACCAGAUCCCUGUGGGAAGCCUGCAAACAAAAGCAGAGUACAAGAGUCCCCUUCCCACCUGCAGUUCCCAGGAACUGGUAUUGAGAGGCAUACUGCCUCCAUCUGUAUAGGUAGAACUUAACCAACCUGGCUAGUGUAGCCUUCUCUUCCACAAAUUUGUCUAAUCCUCUUUUGAAGCCAUCCAAGUUGGUGGUAAUCACUAACUCCUGUGAGUUUGAAUUCCACAGUUCAACUGUGCAUCAUGUGAAGAAGUACUUCCUUUUAUCGGUCCUGAAUCUUCCAACAUUCAACUUCAUUGGAUGUUUCUGAGUUCUGGUAUAAUGAGAGAAGAAACAAAACAUUUCUCUAUCUAGUUUCUCCUCUUGCACGCUUUUACAGGUUGUAAACCUUAUCUAGUCACCUACAGCUGGUGAGAAUCUCUUUCUUGGUUGUUUUAUUUUUUCCCUUUUAUGCCACAACUAGCUGACAUAGGUAGGUACAUAUGGAGUUGCAGGCUACUAAGACUGUUGUUGUUGUUUAGUCGUUUAGUCGUGUCCAACUCUUCGUGACCCCAUGGACCAGAGCACGCCAGGCACUCCUGUCUUCCACUGCCUCCCGCAGUUUGGUCAGACUCAUGCUGGUAGCUUCGAGAACAAUAUCCAACCAUCUCGUCCUCUGUCAUCCCCUUCUCCUUGUGCCCUCCAUCUUUCCCAACAUCAGGGUCUUUUCCAGGGAGUCUUCUCUUCUCAUGAGGUGGCCAAAGUAUUGGAGCCUCAGCUUCAGAAUCUGUCCUUCCAGUGAGCACUCCAGGCUGAUUUCCUUAAGAAUGGAUAGGUUUGAUCUUCUUGCAGUCCAUGGGACUCUCAAGAGUCUCCUCCAGCACCAAGACUAAGACUAUUCAAGACCUAAUAGCUUCUGUAGAUUUUUUUGCAAGAUUCUAAUAAAAGAGCCAUUAUUUCCAACAUCCACCUUUUGCAGUUUGCCACUCUCAUUGGUGUUUGCAAUCAGCUGUUUAAAGUAAGUUUCAAGUGUAUUUUGAGAGAUGUUUUUAUUAUUUAACAAGAAUACUUUGUUUUGUUUUACAGCAUGAUUAGGGGGAAAUCGUUUUUUCUUGUUUUGCACUUGAAUUUAUUGGCUCACUGGGCCCUUUCCAGUCCUGUGUUGCUAUGUUGAGCCUUCCGAUCACCUAACAAAUUAAUUUCCCUCUCCAAUAAUUCAUGAGGGACCCGUCCAGCCAUAUAGAAUGUGGUUAACUGGAAACACCUUCGGCUUUCUAUAAAACUAAAAGUUCUGACCAGUGUGGCAGAAGGCUGCCUAUUUUGGCCUCGAUUGAUUCUGUAGGCUUCUGAGAAAUGCUUUCUAGAGGAGAAUGGUGCUGAUAAAUGGGCUUCUGGUGGAAAUGAAUAAUUCAGAAUCAUUCGGCUUCGUUCUCUGCUCAUCGAUUUUCAGACGGGGAGUCACGAAGCAGCAAACUUAAGGCACUCGGGAUGAUUCUUGUUGUGAUGGGGAUUUUAUUCCUCCGUAAAUUCAAAUCAUCAAUACAUAGUUAUAUUUUAUUCAUUGCUUUUCUAAGGAAACCACCAGACUCCCAUGGCUUUUUAUUUUUCAGUUUUAAUUAGGCAUAUCAGCCUCUAGAACUCUUUAUCGGUCUGGUUAUUUUCUGUGCUGCAUACAUUGUUGUUGUUUAGUUGUUCAGUCGUGUCCGACUCUUUGUGACCCCAUGGACCAGAGCACGCCAGGCACUUCUGUCUUCCACUGCCUCCCACAGUUUGGUCAAACUCAUGCUGGUAGCUUCGAGAACACUGUCCAACCAUCUCGUCCUCUGUCGUCCCCUUCUCCUUGUGCCCGCCAUCAUUCCCAACAUCAGGGUCUAAUCCAGGGAGUCUUCUCUUCUCAUGAGGUGGCCAAAGUAUUGGAGCCUCAGCUUCAGGAUCUGUCCUUCCAGUGAGCACUCAGGACUGACUUCCGUAAGAAUGGAUAGGUUUGAUCUUCUUGCAGUCCAUGGGACUCUCAAGAGUCUCCUCCAGCACCAUAAUUCAAAGCAUCAAUUCAUCGGCAAUCAGCCUUCUUUAUGGUCCAGCUUUCACUUCCAUACAUCACUACUGGGAAAACCAUAGCUUUUACUAUGCGGACCUUUGUUGGCAAGGUGAUGUUUCUACUUUUUAAGAUGCUGUCUAGGUUUGUCAUUGAUUUUCUCCCAAGAAGCAGGCAUCUUUUAAUUUAGUGGCUGCUGUCACCAUCUGCAGUGAUCAUGGAGCCCAAGAAAGUAAAAUCUCUCACUGCCUCCUUUUCUUCCCCUUCUAUUUGCCAGGAGGUGAUGGGACCAGUGGCCAUGAUCUUCGCUGCAUACAUAUAAAGGAGCAGAUCUCUCUUAGCCCUCUUGGUAUUUUUUUUCUUUGAAUGAGGCUAGCAAAUGAUGCGUAAUAUACUGAGGAUUGUCCAGAUAGCAGUUGCUCUCCCCAAACCUCUACCACAUAGUUUCAUGCUGCAGAGAGAAGUGAUAGGUGGUCCGAAGCAAAUUGUGCUCCGCUGUUCACUACUUCUGAUUCUGCAGUGCCAUUCUGGUUUUGCUAAUCCAUCUCAGGUCUGAGAGUUACUCAUCAGAAUCAUUAGUGUUGUCCUCUUGCUUCAGGGUGUCACCCACUUUGAACUAACGUGAUGCCCCCUCCCCACCCCCCAAAAUAAUACCGUUCUUUUGGAUGGGACCUAAAUAGAGCAUCAACAGUUUCAAAGGACAUGGGGAUAUUUUGAGCAUUCAAAGGGUCAAAGUCCCUCUCUUGUCUUCUGCUUCAACCUUUAAGGAAGGAGGUCAGCAGCAGAAGGUCUCUUCAAAGCCAGAAAAGUCUGACAGGUGUCUCUUCCUUCCUGGUGACCAAUAUCAAUGGGCCCUGCCAACAUAGUUGGUACUGGUCUUGUUGGUACUAAAUACUACAGUGGUACCUCGGGUUACAUACGCUUCAGGUUACAUACGCUUCAGGUUACAGACUCUGCUAACCCAGAAAUAGUACCUCGGGUUAAGAACUUUGCUUCAGGAUGAGAACAGAAAUCGUGCUGCGGUGGCACGGCAGCAGCAGGAGGCCCCAUUAGCUAAAGUGAUGCUUCAGGUUAAGAACGGUUUCAGGUUAAGAAUGGACCUCCAGAACGAAUUAAGUUCGUAACCAGAGGUACCACUGCACAGAUAUUCACCACUGCCAUGGUCAAGGCAUGCUUAGAGUCCAGCAAGAGUCCAAGACUCUGCUUCUCUCACCGCAACCUUUCCACAGCUAUUCCUGACUGUUACCUUAGAAUUGCUAGAUCCCCUGCCAUACUGCCACUUUCUGGCGAGGCAAAUGUGGAAACACAGAACACUCCCUUUCCAUCUCUUUACACCGAGGCUGUUCCACUGCCAGCUGCUCAGCUCGCAAAUCACUGGUUGGUGCGUUGGCUGGGAAACGAACCCAGGUCAACUGCUUGGAAGGCAGUUAUGCUCACCACUUCAGCCUUCAGAGUUCUCGUUUGAAUAUGAAUGACCUAGGCAUCACUUCUGCUAGUCAGUGUGGAUUUUAACUAAAAUCCAACAAUUUACAGCAUUUUGUUGCUUGGGCCACAUGGAUUCUUCCAGCUUUUGCUUCUGUUCUGAGGCUCACUAUUCCAGCUUGCCAUUUUAUCUUAACAUUUUAUCAUAUUCUGCAUCCUACAGCCACCAACUAUGGAAGUUGUUAUUGUUUAUCUAUUUAAGAGAGAGAGAAGUGUUGAUUCAAAUUAACUUUGGUUUUUCCCUCCAUUUCCUUUAGGGAUUUGGGAACCAGGCGAAUUCAAAUUAUGUUGCUGAGAUCGUUACUGAUGGUAAGUAAUGAAGGAAAUUCACAUGAUGGCUUUUAUAUCCUUAUUUUAAAAGAUGCAUUUUACAGCAUGGCUAAGCAGGCGGAAUAGCCACUUCUUUAAACUUGAAGCAAAAGUAAAAUAGAGUGGUGUUUUCCAUAGGACUAGUCCACAUUUGCAAAUACUUUUGCGAAUUACUUGUCUGGUUAUCUGUGAGACUGAGAAAUGCUGAGAGUUGAGUAGGCAGGGAGGUUGUUGUAAAUUGGGUCUUUCUUUCUUUUUUGGUUUCCACUGAUGUUCUACUAGAGAUUACAUCAAUGUUUACUGCUUGUAAACCAUUCUGCCAACCAUUGUUUUACGCUCUUACACUCUCUAAAGGAGUCAUUGCAGGGGCAGCCAGCAUGGCCGCUUUGACAGGAAGCUCACUUUAGGUGACUUUGGGUCAGUCACUAUUGCUCAGCCUAAUCUACCUCACAAAAAAACCCUGUGAGAAUAAAAUGAACUGAGAGAGAACCAUGCGUACAGCCCUGAACCCCUUGAAGGAAAAGCAUGAUAAAAACCUACUUAAAACAAAAGAACUACAUCCAUUUUUGGUGGGUUUCUUUUUUUGCUGUUGAAUAGGCUCAGCUUUCCCUUGUGCAGUUUGUGCAGCUGAAUGGACACAGCUCUUGCCUGCACAAUUUGUUCAGUUAAAUGGGCACAGCUUUAGUACCCAGCUUUUGGCUGUGUGAUUUGGCUGAAUCAUUUCUUUGGUGACUCCUCCUUACCUUCUCUUUGAUGCUCACCAGGUCACAACAGGAUACAGUGCCAAGACCAUUUCUGCUGCCCUGCCCGCUCCUUUUCUGGAUCCUUUGCUCUCUCCUUCACUCAUGGAUGACUCUGAACUCAGACAGCUGGUCCUGGAAAUACUGCACAACGUUAUUGAUCGGCAUGACAACCGAGUGAAGCUCAGAGGGAUAAGGUUAAUGCUGGAGUCUGACAGGGUCUCUGUUGAGUCCCUAUGCAACAGUAGAUCACGCCAGUGUACCAUGGGAAUCUCGGAUGUAGAUGCUAAAAUUGGUGGCAUGCACAAAGAGAUUAAUCCAUCUCUGCCAAAACUCCCAUUAACUAUGUUCCUUCUGCAGUUUGUGCACUCUUAUAAAGCAGUGGGGAAGAAGUUUGUUUGGUUUGCGUUUUGAUGCAAACCUAUUUAAUUUGCAGUUCUCAGGUCAGGAAGCAAAACACAUCUGUCAUUCAAAAUCUCCAAACAAUUGUGGUGCAACUCCCUAACCAAGAUGUGUGCACAUGCUAGUGUAAAUUACGUACAAAACUACUAUAUUAUAUUGGGCAAAAUUCCUGGGUAACUGUACAUGAAUUUUGGUGUGGAAUAUUUAAAGGGAGGGGAAUCACAUAUGGACGCAGAAAUGGGGCGAAGUGACUUAAGAUUGGGGAAAGAUUGUGGUAGCCCAGGCUAUUUGUACUUUUGUUCAGAGUUCUGGUUUGCACUGAAGACAGGCAAUUAAUAAUGCACUACCAGCCUCAAACCUAGAAUUGUUUGGGUACUUUAAGAAACCAAGGAAAUCAGUGCAGUUUUGAAGGGUUCAGUCCGCCAUCUUGAUUGAAAAUGGUGUCUGGUUGUAUCCAGUCAUUGCAAAAUUUGGUCUCGAUAUCUUAUGAGGUGUCCAGCUUUGUAAGUGAACAAGUUUUCAAAAGAUAUAGCAAAUAAGAGAAAACUACAGUAACAAAUUAUGUUUUCCAACUGUGAUCAAUAGAUACCAUUCACUGUACACAUUUUCCUUCUGUUUUACAUGUUCCAUUUUGUCAGUGAAGAGAGGAAAAGUGCAGGAAUGUAACAGCUGAAUGUUUUUGAUGCAGCAAUUGAUGAUUUUGUUUUCCAGGUGCCCUGCGCUGAAUGUUAAAUAGCUCUUCCAAAUUGCUCCUGGUUUAAUUAAGCUUGUAAUUAUAUUUUUGUUUUAUACAAAACAUAAAAUGGACUAUUCCUGUACUGAGUCAUAAUUACUUAUGAUUCCCCCCUUUUUUGAAUAGGAAAUCUAUUGUCAUUGCAAAAUGUGGGUGUAAUUAAAAUGGAGAUGACUUCGAAAAUGCCUGGAUAAAUUAAAUACUUUUCACAGCAUGAUUCCGAGUGUCCCCACUGCUGAGAAGUAAUUUGCUUGCAAAUUAUAAUUAUUAAUGCUGUUUUGAGAAAGUAACAUACUGUUUUGUUUCUGCGCAGAAUAAUACCUGAUGUUUCGGAUCUAAAGAUAAAACGGGACAAAAUUUCAAGGCAAGAUGUGAAUUUCAUCAAAAAGGUAAUAAUAUCAUUAAAGAUCAAACCAAUUGUUAGAAGAAAGAGAUGUUGCAUACUGUUAGGUAAGGGAUAUAGGGACUCACUGCCCUGUGGGUAGAACCUGUGAUUUGAAUGUAGAAGGGCCCAGAAUUUAUUUUUGGCAUCUCCUCUAAAUGCAAAGUCUAGUAACAGAGCUGUGUUUCUUCCAGGCAGAGUUGACAAUUAUGGGCUAGAUCAGGGGUCAGCAAACAUUUUCAGCAGGGGGCUGGUCCACUGUCCCUCAGACCUUGUGGGGGGCUGGACUAUAUUGUGAGGGGCAAUGAAUGAAUUCCUAUGCCCCAGAAAUAACCCAGAGAUGCAUUUUAAAUAAAACCACACAUUCUACUCAUGUAAAAACACGCUGAUUCCCAGACCGUCUGUGGGCCGGAUUUAGAAGGCGACUGGGCCGGAUCCGGCCCCCGGGCCUUAGUUUGCCUACCCAUGGGCUAGAUGAAGAUAAGAUGAGCCCUGCUGGGUCAGACCAAAGGCUCAGCUGGUUAGCAUCCUGUUCUCUUGGUAGUCUACCAUGAGAAGCUGCCUUGAGUCCCAGUCUGGGGAAAAGGCAGGAUAGAAAUAAAUAUAACAUUAUUAUUAUUAUCAUCACCUACAACUCCGCUGGCUGGGACUGAUGGGAGUCGCGUUCCAAAAUAUCUGGAGGGCCACUUGAUGGAAGAGGCUGCUCUGGCUUUGGUAGAAGCCAAUACCUGUAUUGUGAAUGUGCACCAAGUAUUACCUAGUGGCUCCUCAGUGGCUCCAAAAAACCCGACAUAAACAUACGAACAUAAGCAGAGCCUGCAGGAGCAGCUCAAUGGCCCAUCUAGUCCAGCAUGCUGUUCUUAUAGUGGCCAGCAAGAUGCCUGUGGGAAACCAACAAGCAGAACACAAGGCCAAAUGCCCUCUCCCCUCUCAUGGUUUCCAGCAAUUGGUAUUUGGAAUCAUUGCUGGCGAGAACUUUCAAGGCAGAGGAUAGCCGUCAUGGCUAGCAGCCUGUGCUGGUCCCGGGGAGUUUACCGUGCAGCGUGGUCUAAGUCCAGUCCUAGGUUGAGGGUAAGGAGGCUGUCCGUCAGGGGCGAAGCGAGGUCCAAAGCAAGGAGUCGGGCGUGGUCAGGAACUCAGGAGAGCAGGUCAGGAUGCCGGCAGGAACAGGAUACCAACGAUGUUGCUCCUGCAACCUGGGUCUGGGCUGACUGGCCUUUAUCUCCUCUGAGGCCAGGGGCGGUCCCAGCCCACAGGUGACUCGCCUCUCCUGGCCUUAAGGCGAGCACUCCUCCUGUGAGAAAACUUAGUUCCCUCCGCCUCUCUGCCCUGAGCCUCUGCAGCUCAGGAGAGGCUGGAGGGCUACAGGACCCAGAGGCAACCUCAGCUUCCCCUGACAGGGCUGAGAGUGGAGCACCUGCAGGCAAUGGGUCCUCUAUCACCUCUGGAGUCAGUGCGGAUUCAGCUGGUGUCUGCUCCCGAGGAUCUGGCGCAGGUGAGGCCCCUUCAGGUUCAAGCCCCAGCUCAGCCGGCCCUGGAGGUGGGGACUCCUGUGCAGACUGGUAUUCCUCAGGUUCAGCCUCUGAAUCCGAUUCCCAGGCCAUUACACAGCCAUUGAUGGCCACCUCCUCCAUGAAUUUGCCAAUUCUCUUUCAAAGCCACCCAACUUGGUGGCCAUCAAAGCCUCCUGUGAUGGAGCAAGUUCCAUAGCUUGACUAUGCGUAAAGAAGUCAUUUCUUUUAUCCCAAAUCUUCCAACAAAAACCUUAAUCAAGACUCCUCUCUGCUCUCUCUAGCAUGGGCAGCAGCUGUAUAGGCAUGUCUACUUAGGAUGUAAGGAAGAGGACAAUGUCCAGAAGAACUUUGAGCUUCUCUACACAACGCUGGCUCUCAUGACAAUUGAACUAGCCAACGAAGAAGUGGUCAUUGACCUCAUCAGAGUGGCUAUCGCCUUGCAGGUAGGGCUUUCAAAGUGCAUCUAGGUGGCUUUGUUGAUAUCAUGUCAACAGAUUGGAAUUUUGAUUGGAAUCUGAUCGAGAACGGUGCGCUUAUUUUGUACGCUUUGAAUCUACCUGCUGCAUCAUUUUGCACCUUGAGAAUCUCACCUUCUUUUUGUAUAUGCUGUGGUUUCAAAAUAAAGCUUAGUUAAUGUGUAGAGCAGGCUCAGAAAUGAGAAGAGGGCAGUACAGUGUUCCCAGUGUCCAUGGGAUGGAUGGGUAGUGGGCUUUUCUGAUACCUGCCCAUCCCAGUUGUUGCAUUCUAGGAUCUUACCUGCCUAUUGUUCUAGGAUCCAAGCUUAGUACAUAACAUUUUCAUUGCUUCUUUUCUUUCUAAUGUUGGAUUCUAUUCUAUUGUUUUUCACCGACUACCCCACCCCUACCCCCGACUACCUGAACAAAGCUCCUGAAUGACUGACGGUCCAUGAACUGUAGUUUGGGAACCCUUGCUCCAACACACUGUCAGAUCAUAACUACCCAUGUCCUGAAAAACUGUUUUAAGAUGUGUUGUGCACUGCACAAGCUAUUAAGACUAGUUUGUCCUGCAAAAUAAAUAAAUAAAUAAAACUUGAACUGACUUCUCCACUCAAAAGACUUUACAGUGACCUGGGACAGGGGGAAAAACCUGUUUUACCUUCCUGGCUCUUAGUCUUUUCACCCAUAUGAAAAGAAUAUGACCAAUGCCAGUCUUGAAUGAGGUUCCCUCUUCCCUUCCUUUCAUUGUAGGACAUUGCAAUCCUUAACGAAGACAACUUGCCCAUGUUCCAUCGCUGUAGUGUGAUGGCAGUGGUAGCCGCAUACCUCAACUUCCUAAGCCAGAUGAUCGCUGUUCCUGCUUUUUGCCAACAUGUUACUAAGGUGCUGUAUCGCUUCUGAUUUUCGCCGGUGUGCCUUGCAUUGAUACAGUAGCAAAACUGCCCUCCCGGCUUGGCUGAAUCAAGAGCCCAAAGCAAAUUUGGGUUGGGGGUUACUUGUGGUAAUAUGUAUGGACUGCAGAGACAGGCCGCUGUGAGUGACAGCAGGCGUGGGCUGGGGCUUAAAGGAAGCAGGCUCAUCCCUCAAACACGUCGUCCACACUUGCAGUGCAUAUUUAUUUAUUUAUUUGCAAACAUAUACAUUUUAACGUAGAAUGCAAAGUGAGAAAAUCGUCAAACGCUGUCUUGUUUUUCCGCUCGUGUUGCAGGUCAUUGAAACCAGACAUGUAGAAGCACCCUAUUUUUUACCUGAAACAAUUUUCAGAGAGAAGUGCAAGUAUGUGAAAUUUUAAACUACUCGUAAAACAUGAGAACCAGUAAUGUUUUUGACUUAAGGACUGUGAAAGACCAUCUCUGUUGCUGGCAUGUCUAGUUAAAGGGCAGUGAGGACAGAUCUUCUGCCCAAGACCCUGGAGAGCCUCUGAAACUCAGAGUAGACAGUACUGGGCUGGGUGGACAAAACAGAAUCAUAGAUCUGUAGAGUUGGAAAGGACUGUGAGGGUCAUCUAGUCCAGCCUCCUGCAGUGCAUGAAUCUUUUGCCCAAUGUGGGGCUUGAACUCAUGACCCGGAGAUUAAGUGCCUCAUGCUCUACCAACUGAGCCAUCCUCAAAACCUAUUUGGCGUUUCGCAACUCUCUGACUAGUUGCAGGACCUUAGCCAGACCUAGCAGAGUAAACGCAGAAUCCAUGGAAGCAAUUGGCGACUUGGCUGCAGACAGGAUGGACGAAGCAGAAACCAGGUGUUUAUUAUAUAAAGUGGACUAUUUACAGGAACAGAACAGAACACAGAUCUUUAGCUAACUCUCUCAUACCCAACUCACAACUCUCAACCUCCAACUCCUACACUCAACCUCGUACUAACACACAUUCCAGUUAGUAGGCCAUUAAUCAUUAUUCCCGUGAGAGAGCUUGACCAAUCAUGGAGCUGUCUCCAUGCCUCUGUAUCACCAGGCAGACUUACUCCUUCACAUUGCCUUUUGGCUGUCUGCCAAACCCUAAUUGACUCUGUGUGAGUAGCUGCACGUAUUCAGAUUCCCAACACUGUGUUCCCCAGGUUUUAAUGCAAGAGUGGGGGAGCUUUCUCAAUCCCUUCUGAGCAAUCUCUUGGAGCCAGAUUCCAGUGUCAGGCAGAACCAGAGGCAAAAGUGUGCAGAGCAAUCAAUGCAAAUCUUACCUUUGUGCAAUAGUUUAGUUUUGACGCACACAUGCACCCUGCUAUGCUCUGUAUCCUCCAUUCAGGCAAGCAAGAGACAUUAUCAGAAUUCAAAGACACAUUCUAGCCAGGUACAAACACUCCAGGUGUGAAGCAGGGCCAGUGGUUUAGACCACAGCGCCACCUGCUCCCUUUCAUGAGUAAAGGCAGCCCAGCCAUAUAUGAGCCAUAUCUACAAGCGCCUUGCAUGUCCAUCUUUCUCUCUGCCAUUCCAAUACAGAUUAUUUGAAAUUACAUACAUACAUAUAUACAUAUAGAUAAGACCAAAUAGACAAGGGGUUUGCCGCCUCCAAUAGUUAACCUCCUACUUUUUCUUUUGUAAAUGUGAAUGGAGAAGGGGUGUGGCUUGGUAGAAAGGCCUGGAAGGCACAUCCCUGGUCUUGUUGGUACUAAAUACUACAGUGGUACCUCAGGUUACAGACGCUUCAGGUUAAAGAUGCUUCAGGUUACAGACUCCGCUAACCCAAAAAUAGUACCUCAGGUUAAGAAUUUUGCUUCAGGAUGACAACAGAAAUCGCCCACCGGCGGCGCAGUGGUGGCGGGAGGCCCCAUUAGCUAAAGUGGUACCUCAGGUUAAGAAUAGUUUCAGGUUAAGAACAGAUCUCCGGAACGAAUUAAGUUCUUAACCUGAGGUACCACUGUAUUUAAGAAUCAGAUCUAGGGUGCAAUAUGCUCCACUGGGUAAUUCGCUCUAACCUACAUUCUGAACCAUGCCUCUCUUUUUUUCUCAUUCUUUGCUUCUUUUAUCUAAUGGUUUUAAAUCCACAAUUGCAAAUUGUGUUUUGAAGCCUGCCCAAGUCCCUGGAGAAGGACGAAACGAGCUUGUUCUUCUUGACCAACCAAAUGGCAGAAUCACUGGGUGGCAGUGGCUACUGCGUGGAGAGACUGUCUGUGCCAUAUGUACCACUUGUGACAGGUAAGCCCCUGGUGGCUCACGCAUCCUCUUCACCUCUAGUCAUUGACCACUGUUUAUCAUAGCUGCUUUUUUAAGGGAGGGGGUUGCAUAUAGCAUCCUUUGGUGCUUUCCAGCAGUCCAGCAACAUUGGAAGUGCAACCAGGCUCCCCAUCCUUGUUGUAGGAGAAUCCCAAAUACUCAUAAUAUUAUCUGAGUGAAAUGCAUAUGCAUACAUUUUUAGAAGCAUAUCCUAUUGGCUUUCUUGAUUGCAGCUAUUUAUAUCCAUCGUGGAGGCCCUUUAGAGAUGAAUAAAUGCUGUGAUACAUUUCACUGCUAGUGAACAACAAAGUCUUCUUGGAUCUACUUUUAGGCAUGCUCAAUAGUCUUAUUGAUUCUGUGUCUCUAUAAUAAUAAUAAUAAUAAUAAUAUAAUUUAUUAUUUAUACCCUGCCCAUCUGGCUGGGUUUCCCCAGCCACUCUGGGCAGCUUCCAACAGAAUAUUAAAAUACAGUAACCUAUUAAACAUUAAAAGCUUCCCUAAACAGGACUGCCUUCAGAUGUCCUCUAAAAGUCUGGUGGUUGUUUUCUCUUUGACAUCUGGUGGGAAGGCGUUCCACAGGACAGGUGCCACUACCAAGAAGGCCCUCUGCCUGGUUCCCUGUAACUUGGCUUCUUGCAGUGAAGGAACCAUCAGAAGGCCCUUGGCGCUGGACCUCAAUGUCCGGGCAGAACGAUGGGGGUGGAGACUCUCCAUCAGGUAUACUGAGCCGAGGCCAUUUAGGGCUUUAAAGGUCAGCACCAACACUUUGAUUUGUGCUUGGAAACGUUCAGACCAGUGUUAUAUGGUCUCGGCGGCCGCUCCCAGUCACCAGUCUAGCUGCCGCAUUCUGGAUUAGUUGUAGUUUCCGGGUCAACUUCAAAGGUAGCCCCACGUAGAGCGCAUUGCAGUAGUCCAAGCGAGAGAUGACUAGAGAGAUAACUAUAUACAGAGUGAGACAUGCACACAUACAUGUUUAGCUCUUGUGGGUGGGGAAGAGGCUCCUUCUCCAUCACUAACAUAUUAAAUGCAGUUCAAAGCAUUUCAAAGGAAGUGAGACCCAGAGCCUUUCUUGGGUAGCCCAGUUCUUUAGAUUCUGGCCCAAACGUUGGUGGCUUUUCUGCUGCCCCUUUCUUUUUUCUAAUUUUCCAUAUGGUAUGUCAUCCUAAAGCUUCUAUUUCCAUUCUUAUGCAUCUUCGGAAAUGUAGCCCUAUUCCCAUCUGGCAAAAAGCCUCAUAAAUGCAGGCGCAAGUCAAAAGGUAAAUUUGAGCUGCCACUGCUUGUUCUUGUUAUAGCUUCAUGGUGGUAGGACCCAAAGAAAGCCAAAUAAGCUCCUUAUGCUCAUAGAUAGAAAAUCCCAGUGUUGUGCGAUUUUCCUUUAUUUCCCCUGCUCCUAGUAGCUGUGACCCACACAACUGUAGACAUUAGGGCUGCCAUACAGGGUGUCCUGGUUUUUACUUUUUGAAAUAUGGCGCAACCAAGGCCGGAUUUAGGUUUGAUGAGGCCCUAAGCUACUGAAGGUAAUGGGGCCCUUUAUAUGUCCAGCUGUCCUUUGUCAACAACAAAUUGUCGCUGUUUUUUUGUGUUGAAUAUAUGUGGUAUGGUAAUUUAUGAACCUAAUAGGCAUCUAAGGCCAUUUGCCCAUGUUGCCAUGCAACCAGUCCAUGCAGAAUGUAGGCACCCUAUAUAUAGAAAUGAGCAAACCAGUGAUAUUUUAGGGAGCAGGCUAGCAGGCGGGGCCCAUGACUUACAUCAUAGGAGCCUACACAACACAAAACACUGUUAUUUUAUUUGUUUUUUAUCUUAUAUUUUGGAAAUGUACAUCCAGGUUUUUUUCCUUUAAUUUUUUUGGGGCCCCCAAGAGAGUGGGGCUCUAAGCUAUAGCUUUAGCUUAUACGUAAAUCCGGCACUGUUGGCAACCCUAGUAGAUGUAGCAUAUUCGUACGCAUCUCAUAGGUAUUUUUCCCAAUGGUUUUUUUAUCUAUCUUCGCAUUUAUAUCCCACCUUUCCUCCAAUGGCUGUCCUCUCCUCCACGUGAUUCUCACAGCACCCCCGCGAAGUAGGCCAGACUGAGAGGUAGUAAUUGCCCAAAGUCACCUCAUAAUUUUCAUGGCCAAGUGGGGAUUUGAACCCCCGUCUCCCAGAUUGCAGCCUAGCACUCUAACCGCUACCCCAUGCUGCCUCUUCACGGACUUCCAGUGUGCUUCUGCACACAGUUCAAAUGGCUGGUAUUCUAUUACAAAGCCCUUGAUGGCUCGAGACUAAGUAAUCGGAGGCACCAGCUAUGAAGCUGUCUGCUUUCUGACACCUUUAUGCCUACCUGUAAUAAUAAAUAAUAAUAAUAAUUUAUUAUUUAUACCCUGCCCAUCUGGCAGGGCUUCCCCAGCCACUCUGGGCAGCUUCCAACAAAAUAUUAAAACACAGUAAUGCAUCAAACAUUAAAAGCUUCCCUAAACAGGGCUGCCUUCAGAAGUCUGGUAGUUGUUGUUCUCUUUGACUUCUGAUGGGAGGGCGUUCCACAGGGCGGGUGCCACUACCGAGACGGCCCUCUGCCUGGUUCCCUGUAACUUGGCUUCUUGCAGCGAGGGAACUGCCAGAAGGCCCUCGGUGAUGGACCUCAGUGUCCAGGUAGAAUGAUGGGGGUGGAGACGCUCCUUCAGGUAUACUGGACCAAGGCCGUUUAGGGCUUUAAAGGUCAGCACCAACACUUUGAAUUGUGCUCAGAAAUGUACUGUAAGUGUCCUAUCUUCUGAAAUUAAGUAGAAGACCACUGGAGAGAGGACCUUUUCAUUGAUGGUGACCCAGACACAGGGCAUUUCUCCCAGGGACACUUAGCUGGUGCCAACUGUUAGUUUGGGGUUAGUUUUGCCUCCACCCAUGCAAGCCAGAGGACUUAUUGGAGUUUCAGGAUGAAUUCCAGCCAGGCAAAAGCACUCAAAGAGAGUGUGAAGCAGGUAGGUGAGGGGUGUGGCCUGGAGACAAGAGGUGUGGCUGGACAGAGUCCUAAGGGCCAGACAUAGGGUCCUGGGAGAGGCCACUGAAAUUUGAAUUGACUCGCUUCAGUUUGGGGCAAAGAAAACAGGGAAACACAAUGAUGUAUUGACAAGACAGGCAUUUCUCUUUUUGUUCAGAUGAAGACAGGUUGUCCAGGAGGAAGAGUAUUGUGGACACCUUGUCAAUUCAGGUAGACAUUCUGCCUGGCUGCAGCCUGGAUGAAAAGGUAUGUAACAGUUCCAUUAAAGAAAAGAUCGUGCAUCUUUUCCCCCCUAUAAACAUUCUUCGGUGCUUUCAGUCUAUCUAUAUACCACAAGUUGUGGUAGUCAGGAUUGUGAUUUUCAUUUGCAGAUCUACUGUUCUGCAUGCAAUUUUUAAAGGAAAAAUGUCACCAGGAAAAGAAAACACACACACAUGAGUCGAAGGGCUGUUUUUCGGGUGGAAAAAAUAUUUGAGACACUUAAGAUGAAUUCUAGCUGACCCUUUACUGUGGUUGACACAGUACCCUAAAUACUAUUGUUUCUUUAGGCAAAUAGCACUGAAGAAAUCACCUUUGAGACCCUGAAGCAGGCAAUAGGUAAGAAAGCUUUGCAUUUCUGUAUUCACUAGUAACAAUAAUAUGCUCCCAUAAUAUGCUCCUUCAGGGGUGAAUUAUUUCACUUCACUCUUUGUUUAAUAUGCUGGCCCUAAAUUGGGAUGAGGAUGAAUAAUAUUCCUGAUGUUUCCCUUUGCUUUGCUUUCUGGUUACUCUGUUGAUGCUGUUAGCAGCUUAAAGUCAUUGGUUUAAAGUUGGCUGGUUUUCCCCCCAUCCCCAUCUCUCCAAAAGACAACAAUGGUCUUGAGGAACAAGAGAAAGAAAGGAGGCGACUUGUGAUUGAAAAAUUCCAGAAGGCUCCUUUUGAAGAAAUUGCUGCACAGUGUGAAACCAAGGUAAGUACUCAGGCCAUGAUCCACCUACUCGAUCCUGCUAAGGGCUUAAACAGAUGCACCAGGUAUUCUGGACCUCAUUAGCGACGAAUGUCAGAGAGAAAGUGCUAAGGCUCUCCUGUCUCUGGACUAGGAAUAGCCAGCAUGACACCCUCCACAUGCUAGGGACUGCAACUCCCAUAAUCCUCAACCAUUCACCAUGCUGGCUAGGGCUGAUGGGAGUUGGAGUCCCAAACACCCCUCUAUACUUAGAUGCCGCCUCCUCUGCCAUGCAUACAGGUAUCCUUUGGCAAGCAUCUUAGAAAUGAAUCUUCUAGGGCAGGCUUCCUCAACCUUGACCCUCCAGAUGUUUUGAGACUACAGCUCCCAUCAUCCCUGACCACUAGUCCUGCUAGCUAGGGAUCAAUGCCAUUUACCUUCCUGCCAUAAUUGUACCUAUUUAUCUACUUGCACUUUGACGUGCUUUUGAACUGCUAGGUGGGCAGGAGCUGGGACCGAACAACAGGAGUUCACUCCGUCAUGGGGAUUCGAACCGCCGACCUGCGGAUUGGCAAGCCCUAGGCUCUGUGGUUUAGACAGCACCACCCACGUCCCCUUGAGACUCCUUAGGGUAGUGAUAAAGCGGGAUAUCAAAUCCAAACUAUAGUUCUUCUUCCUGUGGGUCUCUCUGUGAUGCUAAAAGGUUUGUGUGGAACCCCUCCCCUUUGAGAGACCCUAAAAUUUGUCUUGUUAAAAAAAAUGCCUCUCCCCAUUUCGAAAGUUGACCAUUCCUGCUUUUAAGCGUCAGCAACUUUGACUUGCGGCCCUUGAAAGGUUGACAACAGUUCAACAUGGCCCUUGACCCCCAAAACGGUCAGCCACCCCUGCCCUAAGAGUUUGCCUUUACAAUUUGUGGGUUACUGACAUGCGUUUUGGUGUGGGCAAGUUUCCUUGAAAUGGUUAUUCACCUAACUUUUUGCAAGGAUAUAAUCCUCAAUGUGUACCCCUCCCCCAGCACAUCAGUUGUGUGAAUCACGGGCAGUCCCUAGGAAAGGGACUGCACAUCUGGGUGUGUCCCCAGUGUCAAGCAUGCUGGUGCCACCACCUCAAGACAGUCAUGUGUUCCCACAGGCUUUCUGGUCAUGGAAGCCAAAUGCAUAAGGAACUGCUCGUGCACAAGCUUCCAUGCGAUUGGGCAAUCCCAGCUGUGUGGGUACCCAAUCCCAGUAACUUCAUGGUGCCCUAGAUGCCCACAAUGCCAGUGGAUUCUGAUACAAGAUCAGUGCUGCUAUUGCUGGCUCUGUUUUUCCAGACCAAUUUGUCAGAAGGUUGUGGUGGUCACCCAGCAUCCCUCUCCCUAAAAUAUCCAAUCUGUUCUCCCUGCAGGCAAACUUGCUCCACGACAGGCUGACACAGAUAUUGGAACGCACCAUUCGGUAAGAGUUUGUGGAAGUGGUUUUAUGUUUGUGAAGUAUAGGCAAGGCUAUCAGGUUGUUCCUUGUUUCCAAAAAUAACUUGUGUUUCCACUUUUUGGGGGGUGAGAUUUGGGGGGGCAGGGGGAGAUGUUGGCUGCACCCCCAUCUAUACUUCCUAGGGUCCCAUUAAUAUCUGUAGCACUUCCUUCUAAGGCAGGAAUCGGCAGCAUUUUUUGAGGCCGGGCCGGUCCACUCCCUGGCAGACCUCUUGGUGGGCCAGAGUGUGUGUGCCCACACGUGCGUGCAAGAUAUUUCUGGCGCUCUUCUGGGUUGGAAGAACGCCAGAAAAAGCGUGUGUGCAUGGGUGCUUCUCUGUCCCGGAAGUGUGCCGGAAAUGGCUUAUACGCACGCAUACAGGCACUCCUCCAGGUGAGGAGCGCCCAUGCGCGUGCACACAUGCUAUUUCCAGCACACUUCCGACCCAGACGUCGGUCUCAACAGCGAGGAAAAAAUGGUGCCUCAGGGGGGAAAAGCACGGAAUCCCCACGCCGAGCCACAGAACCUUAGGUUGCUGACCUCUGUUCUAAGGGAUUAGACCAGGGGUCAGCAAACUUUUUUAGCAGGGGACCGGUCCAUUGUCCCUCAUACCUUAGGGGACGGAUGGACUAUAUUUUGGAAGAAAAAAAAUGAAUGAAUUCCUAUGCCCCCCAAAUAACUCAGAGAUGGGUUUUAAAUAAAAGGACACAUUCUACUCAUGUAAAAACACCAGGCAGGCUCCACAAAAUUCCUAUGCCCCCCAAAUAACCCAGAGAUGCAUUUUAAAUAAAAGGACACGUUCUACUCAUGUAAAAACGUAUUGAUUCCCGGCUCUUCCCCCGGCCGGAUUGAGAAGGCGAUUAGGCCGGAUCCGGCCCCCGGGCCUUAGUUUGCCUACCCAUGGAUUAGACUGCUAGUAAGAGUAGACCUAAACUGAUUUUCUCAAAGAGCAUCUCUGCCCUACAGAGUUAGAUUGGUUUAGCAGGCAUUCCCUCUCAUCAGGAAACCCUCAUGAGGAAACUGCGGUUCUGUGAGGAGUGGUGGUGGUGGUAACAAUCUCUAUAAUUGGCUUCAUCGCACCUUUCCCACAGUAUAUUUCCUAUGAUUCUUCGGGGGAACCCAUGAUAAUUUUCUCAUUGGAAUUCUACUCAAGAUUGAUCCAGAGUAGAUUCCAGCGUAUAGUUAGCAGAGUAACCACUUAAACACGUUGCAGGAUUCCCGAAAAAUAGACCAGAGGCAAUUGUAUUUCAUCCAGCAGAGCUUUACUGCUACUGAAGGCAAAUGAGCAUAACAGUCACAAAUCCAUUACAUUCAGGAUUGGCGCCGUCCAUAAAAAAUCCAGUUGCAGCAGACUUAACUUAAUUUAUAAUAAGUCUGAACCUUAACACUAUCUAUGUACAGAACACCACACCAGAAGGAAAAGAGAUAGACAGAGAAAGUGAAACCCGGGCUCUUUCUGGCCUUACUUUUAUAGUCAGCAUGACCUUGACAGAAAGAGAUAACAGAACCAGUUUAAACCAGCUGUAUUCAGCUUCUCUGAAGGAAUAACCCAAACAUCAUGAACCUUCUGCUUGUUUCUUUCACACAGAAAAGCUUCCAGAACCCUCUUGAAUUAAUUAGAAUAGGAAAGAUCUAUGCACAUCAGAUCAAUACUUUCUGUACUAAGAAAUGCAAACUGACAAGUUUAACUAGCGUAAAGCAACCUGGGGCCAGGUUAUCUAGGGUCAGCGGCAACUAGUGGACCGUUGACUUGGUGGGGCAACUAGGUGAAUCCUAGGCUACCUGAAAUUUUGCAUCUCUGUAUACAAACCUGUCUGGUUGCUAAGAUCCAAAGGCCACCUUCUCUUGGCCCCAUUGACAUCAAAGACACAGUUAGUGGUGACACAAGGGGGGAGCUUUUUCUGCGACUGCUCCCAUAUUGUGGAAUUCCCUCCCCAAGGAGGUCAGACCAGCUCCCUCUCUGCUAUCCUUCCACCAGCAGGCUAAGAGUUUUCUAUUCAGACAGGCCUUUGGAUACUCAAGUGCUGCCCACUGGGCUGCUGUGGGGCAAACUAGAUUGUAAUGGCCGGUUCUAAAGAUAUUUCAAUGUCUUUUAGCUAUUGUUUGUGCUUAUUACUUUUUAUUUCGUGCUUUUCUUUUCUUCAAAUGUUGUAAGUUGCCUUACCUUCCAAUCUGGGAGAAAAGAUGGGAUAUGAAUAAAUAAAAUGGUUGCAUAAGUGGGGCGACUGGACAAUCAAAAGAACCCCAGACGACUGAAGCUUCCAAAGUAUAAUGUUAUGGAAAGAACCAAAAUAUGUUGAAGGGGGUUUAUGAGUAAGUCAGACAUGCACUGUAAAGUUGAGUAGUCGUGUAUACUUGAGCAGAGAGCCAUUGAAUAUUGUAGUUGAGUGAACAGCAGAAUGGAGAUUAGGAUUAAGGCAAUUGCUAUACCAGAAAGCUGUGGUUAUGACACAUGACUUAGCUGGACAGAAUAGCUGUUGUUUAGGAAUGCUUAAACCAUAAAUAUUGCUGUAUCUUUCAAUCUCCUCGGCACUUUCUUCCCUUCCCAGGUGGGGUUAAAGUGGUGUCCAUUUCAAUGCUGAAUAAAUGCCUGUUAAUUGAUCCGAUAGGCAAACCCACAGGGGGUAUUUCUCCCAGCAGUACCCCAGGCAGGAGACAACCUGAAAUGAGUGCCUCAUCGCAAACACUUAAAAGCAAGACAAAUAAAAUUGUGAGCAUGCAGCAAAACCUAAAAACGAUGCCUCUAUUUGUUCUCCAUCUUCCCCAGGCCUCCUCCGAGCCCUUCUGGAACGGUGGCGAUUAACACUGGACACAACCAUUACCAGUCCAUCCCAGUCUACGAGAUGAAGUUUCCUGAUCUUUGUGUGUAUUGA